UAACAGGUGGCUGACAGCCAUCCCCAGGUAGUACAUGUACAGCCCUCUCGCCUGUAGGGACUUCUCCUUCAAUCCAUCUUCCUGUUUCACUUUCACUGCUCUCCCUGUGCUAUUGGCCGGUGCUGCUCACCCACAGACACCCGAGAACAGCGAGGAGGAGGGAAACGAGGAAGUGCAGUGACUAGUGAGAGAAGCAGCUAGAACUAUGAAGGGCUUUGUGUUCAGUCUGGCAGGAGGAUCAUACACACAGUGAGUACACUGGGUGCCCUCUAGCUGUGUUUUGGGGAGGGGGUGUUUGUGUUGUCACUGUGCCUGCCGGGGAUCAUACCCACAGGGGUGUUUGUGUUUUCACGGUACUGCUGGCAGAGGGAUCAUUUAUAUUCUGGGUGAGUACACUGGGUGCCCACUAGAUGUGUUUUGGGGAGGGGGUGUUUGUGUUGUCACUGUGCCUGCUGGGGAUAAUACCCAGAGUAUCCUGGGUGCUUACCAGAUGUGUUUUGGGGAGUGGGGUGUUGUGUUAUCACUGUCCUGCUGGGGAUCCUACAAGAGUACCCUGGGUGCCCACUAGACGUAUUUUGGGGAGUGGGGUGUUGUGCUGUCACUGUGCCUGCUGGGGAUAAUACCCAGAGUACCCUGGGUGCCCACUAGACGUAUUUUUGGCAGUGGGGUGUUGUGCUGUCACUGUCAUGCUGGGUAUAAUACCCAGAGUACCCUGGGUGCCCACUAGACGUAUUUUGGGGAGUGGGGUGUUGUGUUGUCACUGUCAUGCUGGGUAUAAUACCCAGAGUACCCUGGGUGCCCACUAGACGUAUUUUGGGGAGUGGGGUGUUGUGUUGUCACUGUCAUGCUGGGUAUAAUACCCAGAGUACCCUGGGUGCCCACUAGACGUAUUUUGGGGAGUGGGGUGUUGUGUUGUCACUGUCAUGCUGGGUAUAAUACCCAGAGUACACUGGGUGCCCAUUAAAUGUGUUUUGGGGAGUGGGGUGUUGUGUUGUCACUGUCAUGCUGGGGAUAAUACCCAGAGUACACUGGUUGCCCACUAAAUGUGUUUUGGGACAGUAUGAGGAUCUGGCUAGUAGUGUGUUUGAGGAGAUACACUUUUUCUUCUUUUUUUUAUAUAUAUAAUGUUAAAAUUACUAUAUCACUGUCGGUCUGAUUGGGAAUGAUAUAAAUAUUAAUGCUAUAAUGUAAUUCCAGACAAGGCAAAGACGGGGUUCUAAAUGGGCAUUCUAUGGCUGAAGCGCUAUACUGGCUAAAAAUGCUAAACGCAGAGCAGUCACCAAGGAAACCAAUGGAAUGUUCGUGCUGAGCCCUCCGUUUAGAACGUUACCCCCGCAGUUAGUCUGCAUACAUAAGUUCACUGUAUCUAGAUGUGACAGUAUGACUUUAACUCUGAUUCAGAUUUAACAGGAUACAGUAAUGAUGAAUAGAAUACAUUCAUGGCUGACCAAAAGGUAGAUCAUCAGGAGUUGAAGAACUACUACUCUCAUUAUGUUUUGUCAAACUUUAAAGAGAGUGUUUUUUUUUGUUUUGUUUUUUUAGAGGGAAUCUGAAUCCUAACAUCUAUUUUAUUCAGAUUCCAGAAUGUUAGAAUAGGAUAGAUUUUUGUAGAAAAUAUAAUGUACCUGCUAGAUUUAAAAAGAAUAGACUGAAUGAUAACAGUACUGAGCCACAUAGGAAACCCUAACAAUGAGCCAAGUAGAAGCCCUUCAUUUUCAAUUGGUUAUUUAGUGAACUGUGGUGAAUGGAAAAAUACAAAACCUUGUAUUCAGUAAAUAUAUGGUCGCAGAGCAGAAGGAAUGACAGCUAAUUAGUCAGUGAACUCAAAAUCACAUGACAACCUAGCCACCACCAGCAGGGACAUUCUAUGGGGAAUAUGUAUAAAAAGUGGUCCUUUUUACAUAUUUGCACAGUGUUUCGGAACAGAGCCCAUUCUAUCCAUAACCACUCAUAUUAUUAUUGACUACCUAGUACAGUGUUACGUUGUCAAAAUGUUGUUUUAAAGUUAUUUUGUCAUCACUCUGUACUCAAUUGGUGGCUCUCCAAAGGUGUGCAUAAUAUGUUCAUAGGUUUAUCAGCCAAUCGGUUUCACACAUUAUUGACACUAUCUUGCAGCUUUACCUGUCACACCCUACAAACCCGUAUUUGUCAAAUAUACGAGAUCAGUAAAUGUAUUAUUGCAAAUCCUUGGAAGUAACAGUAUUCCCCUUUAAAGGGAAAAUAAAUGUAUGGACAGACUUAUCAUCACUCAGCCAGUGGAGGCUUGUUUAUGACCAAAUGUAAACAUUGCAGUUUUUUGGUGAAAUGGCUAAAUUUUACUUUACCAGAUUGCAGGGACUCCAUCAAUGCACCAAAACCACUUCAUUAAGAUGCAAUAGUUUUGGUCCUUACAUGUAUAGGGGUCGGAUUGUAUGGAUGAUAUUUAUUCACUAAGCCUGGAAUUAUGGAGAAUUGAGAAGGGAAUUGCAAAUUUAGGUCUAAUUAACUGAGCUGUAAAAAUUAACCUUCCAUUAAACCACUAGAAAAUUCCAAAUCCAAAUCUGCCACUUUAGAGAAUAAUUGCAAUGUCUUUCUCAAUUUUAUAUUCUACACUUUUUUUCAGAAAAAAAGGGAAUUGAGGGCACACUCAGUGCAUUCAUUUUUCAGCAGUGGUGCUGGUCUUUUCAUCACAUAAGUGAUAAGUUAUCCUAUUUUCUGUUUUUGUUGCAAUGCAUUAACUUGGUGCUCACCAAGUUAAAUUGGUAAUCCAAUCAUGGACCCCGGGCUCACUGUUCCUAGAGGGAUAUCAGCUACAUCUCGCUUAUGAGGCUCAAAGGAGGUUGAAAUGAUCGUCCGGGGUUUCUGUAUCUCUCGUGUAGAGUGAAAUUGCUAGCAUUUCGGUUCUGGACUGCCCUUAUGGGUGGGAUCACUCUGUAAUGGCACAAGUGAGCUGAAACUCCUGAGCAAAGAUUUACCGAUGGGCAAGCUACUGAGUUUCUCUAAGCUUUUGUCUCUUUUCAGAGCUCUCAUAUUCUUUGUUUCUAUCACAUAAGUAAUGUAAAUGUUCUGAAGAUGAAAAUGUGAUUAUCAAAAGUGUUAGCUUUACCCUUUAACCAGAGUUCCACUGGCUUCAGAUCAGUUGAAGAUUGUUUAGUCACUAAAAAAAUUAAUAAAACCAACAUUUCAACAUUUAAGCUAAAAUAGCUCCAAACAAUUCUAAAAAUAAACAUUUUUUCCAGACUCGCUGUUUCAGUAUAAUGUGUGUAAUUCAGUUUCCAGUUUACCACUAUUCAGUGUUUAUUGAAUCAGCCGCUAGGGGAUUGGCACUCAAGUUCAUAGUGUAUGGGCUACCAAAUCUUAGUUUUCCCUGUUUGAAAAUUCCAAAUUUCAAGAUUAAUUACAAUACAGGGCGAUGACAGUUGAGGUCACAUAGAGCAAAGCGCAUCAUAGACCGGUCAUCACGUUUAUUUCUACCGAUGGUGGAGAACUAUGGCAGGUACAAGUUGGAAGACUGUUAGGUGGGCAAGGGAUUUCCCCCUCCCCCCCCCAAAAAAAAAAUCAAUACACUUACUUAAAAAAAUAAAAUAAUGUACCUACAUGUUAAAAUAUUAGAAGCCUGUGGGAAAAACAUUUGUAAUCUCAGUUGUUCUUUAACUGAAAUAAUUACCUAGGCUUGCAUAACUUGCUGAAACCUCAUAUUUACUGUUACAUAUUAACAGAAUUACUCAUUUUGUUUGGUCUGUCAGAUAGGUAAUGUAUCUACAUAUUUCAUAGGAUACACAAAAACCACUGUGUAUAUAUACCUUGGGAAAAAUAAAACUUCAUUCACAAACAGAUUUAAUCAUUUAUUGAAUAUACCAGUGGCCGUAAUAAAAAGACACUUUUAAGGAUUAUUGACUGAAGUGUGAAUUGUUAGGAAUUCAGUGAACAUAUUUUCUGUUUGGAUUCUGUUUGGAGCCUCGGGUUUGAAAUACAUUUACGGGAUGAGUUAUAGAAAGAUUCCACCAAAAUAACAAACUUUUCUACCACUUUUUCUCUCUCUUCUGGAUUUUCUGAUGAUUUUACCCUUGAUUACAUCCAUGAAAGCAAAUGACUAAUAUAAGAAAAAACUAUUUGAAUUAUUAUUUUAUUAUUAUUAUUUUGGCUGAAUGUGCACGCGCGGCAAGAGCUGCACGCGCAUUCAGCCAGUCUCAUAGGAAAGCAUUUACAAUGCUUUCCUAUGGACCCUUGCGUGUUCAGUGAGAAUCACGCAAGCGCCUCUAGCGGCUGUCAAUGAGACAGACACUAGAGGAUUUGAGGGCUGGAUUAACCCGUUUAUAAACAUAGCAGUUUCUCUGAAACUGCUAUGUUUAUAAAAAAAAUGGGUUAACCCUAGCUAGACCUGGCACCCAGACCACUUCAUUAAGCUGAAGUGGUCUGGGUGCCUAGAGUGGUCCUUUAAGGGGAUUCUUAUCUCUGUUCCAUCCAGUCACCCUUGCCUCCCUCCCUGCUGCUAUGAUUGAUCCUACUUGGGAACAUCUCUCUAAGCAGGGACAUUGUCCGUCAUGACGCAGACACCAUGGUUUCACUGCCAACUAAUCUACUUCAGAACAAUGUGAAUUCUAUCAGUCUAUUUCUAUAUUCCCCUAAAAAGCUCAUCUUGGAAUUGCUUGGCAAUGAAGUGCAGGAGAACCUCAUACUGGUGGGUUCCCCUGCUUUACCCUGUCACUCAGUUGUCUACAUAGAAAAAAGAUAGUGGAAGUGCACUCAACCCUUCAACAAGGAAUCCAGGGUGCUCCAAUGUACCCAAAUGGACCAAGUAUAAGGUUAUAAAUUGUAGAAAGUAAUCCAGGCACUCCAAUGAAUUCCAAAGUGUAGGCAAUUUUAUUAGAACCAGGAACUACACAGCAACGUUUCAACCCCUUAGGGUCUUUGUCUACAUAGACUGAUAUGCUGUCAGCACAGUGGUCUGUGCCAGCGACUGAUCAUUGACAGAAGUUGUCAAAUUGUUAACUAGAGUUAUCUGAAAAUCUCUCUCUAUUUGCUGGCAAUUUCACAAGUACAAUGUAGAGAUGAUUUAUAUUUCUAUGUCUUUUUGUCUAACGUUGUGUGUAACAUAGCAGAUGUAUACAAUAUAUGAUCAUAUAGAGUAUAUUUUAUUUACCAUCAAGAAAGCUGUUAUUGGUAUGUAUUUGUUAGCAUAGUUGUUUAGCAGCAGAACAUGAUUACUAUAGGAUUGUGCUAAUCUUACCUGUGUGGGAUAGAACCAGUAUAUAUGUAUCAGCCUAAUAGAUUACAGUAUGGUUACGGUCAUUAUUUAGCCAAAUCCCUGCUACUUGUACUCUCUUAGUAUCUUGGCAUACCAACGCUUUGUGUUUAAUCUGAUCUUUUUUUUAAAUGUUCCACGUGACAAACUGUCUCCAUCUCCAACCAAAACAUUUAUCUAUCUAUCUCAAGGAGAAGCGCACUCUCUGGAAUUUUUACAUCAAAAUAUUCACUACUUUAUUAACUCCAACAACAUGUAAUCACAACAUAUCAAUGUUUCAGUCUCAACAGGAGAUUUUUCGCAAGACAUAUAUUUAUGUGUUUUUAAAGAAAGCUUUCUUGAGAAUAGAAGUCCUACGAGUGCCCAUUCCUUCCAAACAUUUAAUCUAUAUUUAAGUUCUAUUUUGGAGCACAGGGGCAUUCAUAUGAAGCCAUUUAUUAUCACAUAGUUGUUUGGCUCCUUUUUAAAUCAUAAUGACAACUGAAAUCACCCAAAUGGCCCUGAUUCAAAGUUUACAUACCCUUGAAUGUUUGGCCUUGUAACAGACACACAAGGUGACACACACAGGUUAAAAUGACAAUUAAAGGUAAAUUUUUCACGCCUGUGGCUUUUUAAAUUGAAAUUAGUGUCUGUGUAUAAAUAGUUAAUGAGUUUGUUAGCUCUCAUAUGGAUGUUCUGAGCCAUGGGGAGCAGAAAAGAACCUUCAAAAGACCUGCGUAACAAAAUAAUGGAACUUUAGGAUAUAAAAAGAUAUCCAAACCUUGAAAAUGCCAGUUAGUACUGUUCAUCACUUAUUAAGAAGUUGAAAAUUUGGGGAUCUCUUGAUACCAAGCCAAGGUCAGGUAGACCAAGAAAGAUUUCAGCCACAACUGCCAGAACUUCGGGAUACAUAGAAAAACUCCCAGGUAGCUUCAGGAGAAAUACAGGCUGCUCUGGAAAAAGAUGGUGUGGUUGUUUCAAGGAGCAAAAUACGAGAAUGCUUGAACAAAAAUGAGCUCCAGGGUCGAGUUACCAGUAAGAAGCCUUUACAAUUACAAUAAUACGUACUAUAUACCGACAACACCUUGACACGCCUCACAGCUUCUGGUACACUGUAAUUUGGAGUGACGAGACCAAAAUAUAGCUUUGUGGUCACAACAAGGCCUAUAGUGAAAAUAAUACCAUCCCCACUGUGAAGCAUGGUGGUGGCUCACUAUUGUUAGGCGGGGAGGUGUGAGCUCUAAAGGCACGUGGAAUCUUGUGUAAAUUGAUGGCAAGAUGAAUGCAGCAUGUUAUCUGAAAAUACAGGCAGACAAUUUGCAUUCUACUGCACGAAGGCUGCUCAUGGGAUGCUCUUGGACUUUCCAGCAUGACAAUGACCCUAAGCACAAGGCCAUGUUGACCCUCCAGUGGUUACAGCAGACAAAAGUGAACGUUCUGGAGUGGUUAUCAUUGUCUCCUGACUUUAAUAUCAUUGAGCCACUUUGGGGAGACCUCAAACGUGUGGUUCUUGCAAGACGACCAAAGACCAAAUGACCUGGAGAGAUUUUGCCAAGACGAAUGGGCAGCUAUACCACCUAAAAGAAUUAAGGGCCUCAUAGAUUACUAUUACAAAAGACUGCACGCUGUCAUUGACGCUAAAGGGGGCAAUACAGUAUUAAGAACUAAGGGUAUGCAGAUUUUUGAAAAGGGGUCAUUUAAUCUUCUUUUUCUUUGUGGCCAUGUUUUAUGAUUGUGCCAUUCUGUUAUAACCUACAGUUGAAUAUGAAUCCCAUAAGAAAUUUAAAAAAAAAUGUGUUUUGCCUGCUCACUCAUGUCUUCUUUAAAAAUGGUACAUAUAUUACCAAUUCUCCAAGGGUAUGCAAACGAUUGAGCACAACUGUGUAUAUACAAUCAAGUGGAAAUAAUGUGCUAUUAGUCACAUCAUUAAAGUGCAAAGUUCAAAUAUUUUAACAUUUUUCCAGCUGGGAAAAUUUGUUGUUAAAUGUUCAAUAAAUGAUUAUAGCACUUCUAAACCUCAACCAGAGAACUCAUUUAUAGGAAGUGGUUUUUUUUUUUUUUAUCCCUUGAAACCUACUGCUAUACUAUUGGAAAUCCCCUAGUUUCCUUCCCUUGGCAUUGCAAGCUACCAGCCUGGUAAAUUAUAAGACAAAGGGCAAGGUACAGUCCCUAAUUAAUAUCUAGUUCAUCAGAUUAAGAACGGUUAGUCUUUUAUUUUGUUAAGAUUUAAAUCACAGGUUAACACCUCUUUGUAUCAAAACAAUCAAUGAUUGCCAUUUGGUUUUUUUUUGUAUUUUUUUUUUUUUUAGAGGAAUGAGGAAAUCUGUGCUAAACACUUUCUUCUUCCAUUCUGUUAAAAAUAGAGUGUAAAGAGUCUGAAAAAAAGAAGUUUGUGAAGUCGUGACAACUGGUUUAUUACAUGCCAGGGAGUCUGGGGACAGUGGAUUCAUUUGCUAUAAUAUUGAGAGCAUUUUCUCAUUGCUAGAAAAAAGCGUAUGUCGGGGGGUGACCUAAAGGAUUAAAGCUGCUUUGUCACCUUCUGGUGGUUUUGCAUAUUUUGGUGACUUUUUUUUAGUGACUUUGCUGCUAACAAUGUGGUGACGGUGGGUUGCAGGGAAAAGUGAGUUUGAUUAACUUCAAACUGUCUCUUGCAGCUGCCGCCAUCUAAUUCCACAGAAUCCUCUUCAGCUCCUGGUGCUUGAUGUCAAUGGAGGAGACCGUGGGAGCCUCUAUAGACAGUCUUUUUUCACCACAGUAAUCACUCGUGACUGCUGAAGGCUUCCCCAAAGCUUGACCUGGGUAGUUCCGCCAUUUUGUCAAGUGUAGGAAAAAUACAUAAGACAUUUUUUUAUAUUUAUGAAAUACUCAUUUUGUUUGGGGAGGAAUAGGGGGCGUGGGAGAGAGACACUUUGAAAAGGUAUCAUGGGAGUUGUAGUUUUUCUUACCACGGAUACAUUUUUUGUUCAUUAUUAGCACUUUUCAAACCUUUCACUUCAGUGCACAGACUAGUACAAUGAUAAAAUCACCGCUGAGGUUAACCUUAUCAGGGUUUAGAGAUUUUCAUACAAACAUUUCCUUUUGCUGUCUGGCCACCGAUACUUCUUUUCUAAGAUUAACAAUAAGAUUUGUUCUUAUGUGGGGGUGGGGGAAGCACAUCUGGGGAUUGAUUGAGAUAUCGGUUACAAGAAUAAAAUGAUACAACAGACACAACACAUUUCUCAGGUGCCUUAGGGCAUCUGAUUCAUUGUUGUUAUUACCUGCUGAUUGUGAUUUUCUGUAGCGAUACUACACGCGCAUGUCGUUGUUGUGAAUCAUAGUGAGUGCUGACAGUGUGAGGGAGGCAGUAAGUCUCUUCCUAUUGGCUGAAUACAAUUCUAUCAGAAUGUCUUUACUCUCACAAAAAAUGCACAUGACGUAUUUUGGCAUACCUACCUGCCACGUAUGUCGCCAAACCCAGGCUGAGAGACUGUUUUUAUGUUGCUGUCUGUAGAGAACGAAAUUAAUACACGUUGGCUUUAGCUGGUCUUAAAACACAUCCCUGCAUUUUCAUUGCCAGAUGGAUUGUGUCACUUUUUCCUUUUCCAAGCCUAAUAUAGUUAUCGAGAGAUAUUCAAAUACCAGACCUUUAGAUAUUAGCUGUGUACAACUCCCAUUAUCCUCUGCCAACACAAAAAAAAAAAAAAAGAAAGUAAAAGGCAGGUGCAAUUUGAUGUGAGUUUUAUUUUCCAAAUAGCAGAAAGUCUACUAACACUAAGGCAGUCUCAUAAUACAUUACUGCAACUGGUAUUUUUUUUAUUUUAUUUUAACCAGUUGUGGUAAAUAGGAACGAAAUUAAAUUUCGCUAACAAGAAACUCAAUUUUUGUCAAGAUGCACCUGUUAUAUAUGUUAUACUAUGCUGAAUCAAAAUGUGUCGAGUCAGAUGAUAAUUGCUAAAGUAAUUGACUUGUUCUGGCCUUGGUUUUCAGAUCUACUUUGUUAGGUAGAUGAGUGAUUUUGAUAUCUAAGACCAUCGUUUGUGCAGAUAAUUAGAACCAAUCAGGUUAAUAAAUAUUAUUUAGUGAUUAUACAAGUCUGUUCACUGCUAAUGCUAACUGCCAGUUUUACGUUGGAUGAGUCGUAUUGUAAUAUUAAUUAAAGGGUUAACCUUUGUUUGCAAUACCACAAAGAGUAGCAAGGUAACAGGCCUCUAGCAUUACGGAAUUUUACAUUAUGAAGGUCAAUUUCAUCCAGUGUAAAACACGCUUUUAAAAACAAAUAUAGAUAUAUAUAUAUAUAUAUUUCUACAAGAUAUAUAUAUACAAGAUGGAGAUAAUGCCUUGCGUGUGUGUAUCUGUGUUUGUGUAUCAAUGUGUGUCUGUGUGUAUUUGUCCAUGUGUAUCUGUGUCUGCAUGUGUUUAUCGGUGUGUGUGUGUGUGUCACAGCUCACAAACACAACUCUGCAAGGAUUGGCAAAUGUUAGAUCGCUAGCUGGCAAAGCAUUGUGGGAGUUGAGGAUGAGCUGAUGGUCUACAUUUUCACCACACUUGCGCUACAGGGGGGCCCAGAACAUUUUCUUUCACUAGGGCCCUCUGUACAUAGUUCCGCCUCUAGAAAGCAUGCAUGUAUUCAUGACAGGAUAUAGAUCACUAUCAUUAUAAGCUACUGGGUCACUGACCUGCAACAUUAAUUAUACCGUUUUGGAAAACAUGAUGCAAUAAUAAACGUGGUAAUCCCCCUCCUCCUGUUAAUUUGUUUCAUUCAACAGCAAACUAUUUAUCAUUGCAUCAGUCACUGGGAUAAUCAGCUGUUACAGCCUUUAAAUUAAUGGAUGUCAGACUCAGAAGUAAAUUUUAAACAUCUGUAAUAUGAAGAAGGAAAGCAGUUGACGAAUAAAGGAACAAAUACGAUUGGAGAGAAAUUAACAGCAGGUAUCUAUAUUUCAGGCAUGUUCUAUUUUACUUCCAUAUAGAAUCUUACCACCACUUACUAUAAAGUUCAGUGUGAUAUUUAAAAAAUAAAAAAAUAAAAAAUGAAACUUCUCUUAAUAGAGACCAUGUGGCGGUAAGGGAGUAGUCACAAUGACAGUUGCAUAGUUAAAGAAAGAGUUAAAAUGCUCAGGGCAAUGAGAUCAUCGAAUGUGAUGCAAGACGUUACUAAGUGUCUGUACUAGAUGCUGUCAUUGAGAAUUAUGUUUGAUCUGUGUGGCACAAAGAUGGUGACAAGAGGCUUUAGUGAGAUUAUCCAGGAAAAUUCUUAUUGUUGGAAUUAACAGCGGUGAGCUCUCACCAAACCAAUGGCCCAGCCGUUCCUAUCCCACACAUAGCUUUUUAAUGGCAGCUUUAUGCAUCUAUGAAAACUGUUUAUCAUGUUGUUGUUUUUCUUAUUAUUAUCUGUAAAGCACCAACAAAUUCCAUAGCGCUGUACAAUAAGUGGACUAACAGACAUGUAUUUGUAACAAGGUGAGCUGACAGUAACAGAGGGUGUUGAGGGCCCUGUUCAAUUGAGCUUACAUUCUAGAGUGGCUGUGAAAGAGACCAUUCUCUAUCUAGAACCCCUAGUACAGUAAGUAUUGUUUUGUGAAGAAUUUGUGUAGAUCUCCUGACAUUUCUGGAUUAUAUAGUCAUGUUCCACAAUACUCGUUCAGAGAAAAGGUAGUGUUUACAAUGCUGGUUGGUAACACCUCUGGUGACAGUCACUCAGACGGCCAGUAGAGGUGAUUCCUUGUCCAGUGCUGCACAGUGUGCAGCACUGGUGUUCAGCAUCUCCACGCUCUGCAUGGAGACGCUGAAUGUACCCCACAAAGAUGCAUUGAUUCACGUUUUGCCACACGUGCGCAAUAGCCUUUCAAUGCUUUCCUAUGGGAAAGCAUUGGAUUGGCUGAGAUCAUCAAAAUUGAUGAUCUCCACCAAGGAGACGAAACUAAUUACGGCAACACCAGUGCGGUGUUGGAAAAAAGUGAGCAAAAUCUUUUCUUUUUUUUUGAAAAUGAAGGGGGGUCGAUAACCUUAAUAGCCACUUCAUAAUGUCAGUGUAGUGUUCCUUUAAAUGCAACACAUCCUAUAGCUAAAUGUAGUUAUUUUUUGGGUUGUGUGAAAAUCUGAGAAGUGACCAUUUCAGUCACACACAACUUGGUGGUUUUGUGUAGGAGUGCAGACAACUAAUAGAGGGGUGGGGGGAAUCUGGCAUAUUGUGACCCAAGAGCCUAAAUGUAUUCACAGUGUCAGGAGUAACUCAACUGGAAAGUUCAGUGAUCUGAAGAGUUGUAAAGGUGUACUCUGUUCAAAUACAUAUCUCGUGUCUUGAUCCUAAACUAAAGGGUUUAUUUAUAGAAAGCAGGAAAGGUUUUGUCACAAGAUCAGAGGACUCCCCGUUUUAAAAUAGAGGAACCAUCCUGCGCAAAAACCUUUAUGUAUCGUUUUAGAUCACCUCCUCCCAUUCAUAACUCGUGCCUGCACCCAAAUUCAGUUCCUGAUUUUGAUUUCCUGAUUUAAGCGAAUUGAUCGAGCCUGUUGUUCAUGAUGCAAUUUGGAGCAACAAUAUCAUUUAACAAAGAGGAUUUCUUUUGUUGAAAAAGCACUUAUGUUUAACGUGACUAAACAAGCAAGCAGAUAGCAAAUUAGCCAUAAAAAUAAAAUGAAAUUGUGUAGAAUUUCUGUGUUGAGUCAGAUGUGUGUUAUAAUCAGGAUAAGACACUAUUUUUGCUUUUACUACUGUAUCUAGUCUGUCAUUACACCAACACAAUAGGCAGGAUUCGACCGCCCGACUUUUAAUACAUGCUAUUAAUAAUACAUUAAAAACAAAACCACAAUAUAAUGUUUCUAAAGCUUCUGUAUUUAAGGGGUCUCUCAUUCUGCACAAUUGGAUCUGACCUGCAUCUAAACGUGUAGACUUUGUCAAAAUGUCAUAUGCUGUUUAGUUGAACAGGCUGAAUUACGUGGAUGAUGGUAAUUGAAUAGACGUCAUUGGGAGUCCGAUUACAGCUGUCUUUCUGUUAUCUCCUAAAGUAUUUUAAUUUGCUUUAAUAAAUUGCAGUUAUCACUUUGAAAAUUGCUGUUGUAUAUGAUAAAUCUGUGGUUCAAUGAUCGUUACAGAAUGCUGGGGAAAACCGCGUGACCUAUUGAUGCUUGCUUUUUUUUUUUCUUUUUAAUUCUUUAUUUUUGAUGUGCUUAAAAGGUACAUGCAUGCCGGUAAACAGCAAUUACUACAUCUCAAGGUAGACAGUAUAUGGCAUGUGGAGAUAUUGCACAGUUUUUGUUUUUUUUAAACAUGCUUGCAAGUAACUUUACACAGGUUGUAUAAGAAAAGGAAAAGCAAUACAAAAGUUAUGUCUGUCGAUGAUAUUAGGUAUUUGAUUAGUCUGAGAUAUGUACUUAUGUCAGUGUGGACUUGAGUCUGGUACAGUUAAAUAGGUACUGUCGAUAAAGUAUUAGGUUGAGUGUAUGCGAAGUCAACAUGUCUAAUGUGGUGGGUAACAUUGGGGUCUACAAGCUUGUGUCAUUAAACAUUUAUGUAUGCUUAAGUAAGUAAAUGUGGACUUUCAAAGGUAGCGGAAACACGUAUUAACAACCGCGUCUCUACAGCAUUCGCUAAACUAAACAAACAGACAAGCAACCACAGGAGCUGAGUGGGUUCCUGCAAUAUUAGAUAUUAAUGUUAGGCAUCACAAUAUUAGACAUCACAAUAUGGCUGCGGUGUAUGUCAAGGCAUAUUAGGUGGCAAGUAGUAAACGAGAAGCUGCUGCCCACUGUUGAGUCUAUGGGGUUGUAAGAGUCUCUGUGCUGGCAUCAGACAGAUUUUAUAAUAAUAAAGACCACUGGAGUUGAGCCAUCUGCUGUACAGAUACAUAUGUCUGUGUAAGACCAUGUUGGAGAGGUGGUUAGGUGAGAGCAGUAACAAAGUCCAAAGAUGGCUACCGUGGAUGUUAGAGAUGUCUGGAUCUGGGGCUGUAAGUGGUAUCCCAAACGCUGCAUGUCUCUUGUUGUGUGUGCCUCUGUGGUGACAUAGAGUGCCUGAAGGUUGUCGCUGGAGACUUAAAGUCUGAGUUGGUGGAGUAAUGUAAGCCCUCAGUUCUUCGCAGAUAUUACAGGGUUCCCUUUGCUUAAUAGUAGUGCGUCCCCUUCGUGGUUGUGAGGCAUUUCUGUAAGCUUGGUGGCUGUCUAUGCUGCUUAUGCUGUUUAGGCUUGUGGCUUUACCUUGCUGAGCUCUCCCCAUCCGGGUUUAACAGCAGGCUCACUGCUGGACUGGCUUUGCAGUUGUGCGGUUUAGUGAGCAGCGCGACUUCUCCCCUCUGGGGCCGUUGGUGUUGGUCUCCACGCUGCCGCCAUCUUGGAAGGUAGGUCUUGGGAGGACUGUGCCCCUCAGUCUCCACUCCUCCCGAGCUCUUCGCAGUGGGGAACGGGAUAACCCCCCCCCCCCCAGGUCCAUAGGGGGCGGGAAGCGGGACCGGCAGGCGUCUCAGGUAGUCAGCGUGUGGCUGCCGCAAGGGGAGACGGGGAAGCGGCCGUCCACCCGCUCCCCUCUCGAGUAGGCCGCAGUCCCCGAAGCUUUAUUCAACCCUUUAGGGUCUCAAAACUCCCGAUCUCGGAGUCUGCCACCUUGACCACCACCGUGUGCGCGUCUGUUUGGCUCUUUGCAGGUAUCAUAGCUGCAGGAUUUGCCUAAGAGGCCAGACUUCUCUGGAGCCUCUCCAGCAUGCGACCGGUCAGCAUGGCGCUCCGGCCCCGCCCCCGAUUCUUGCUUUUUAAGUGUAUUUUUCACGGUCUGUGUUUGCUUGAUGAUUCAAAUCGGAAAAAUAUUGCAUGGAAGAUGUCGAUAUGUGUCUGUUUCAAUGUAAAUAUUAGUUAAAGUGGAAGAGGAAAAGGUUUUUCUAAUCUGAAACUUAAAAUUCUCAAACUUACUUUUAAAGAAGACAGACAAAAAAGGUCAAAAUUACAAAACCACUCUGUGAAUGAAGAUAUAUUAAAUUUUGAUAACUUACUCUCCAUCCCAACAAUCUCAUCCCCACUAUGGAUUACUGCUGCUCUCCAUUACUGGUUAACAAUUCAAGGAACAAAUCGAAAAUCCAUGUACCUAGAAAUUUAAAAAAUCUAAACUGUUUUUUGUUUUUUUCAUCACAUGCAUGACAAAUGGUGGGACUAACCUGCUGGACAAAUUUCUCAACAGCUUCCAAACUUUUAUACGUGUUAAAUAUUAUUGAUUUCAUUUACUGCGUUAGACUUGGCUACUUGCACUGAUGGCAUGUUCCGUGUAUCCACUACCCCUUUUGUAAAGUAGUUUUUAGAACAUUAUCUCUGUAAGUAUGAUCUCUGUAGGAAUUGUACACCUACCCUAUCUUAUGUGAAGCGAAGCAUUAUAUGUGCAAACGUACAUGUGAAACUCCCAUGAAAAGGUGCUAUUUAAUCGGACACCGUAGGCACCAAGACCACUUAAUUUUUUUAAACCUGCAGCUGGUCACAUUGGCAAUGUUUUCAUUGCAGCAUUUAAGUGCCUCUAUUGGUUGUCGCUCAGACAUCAAAUAGAGGCUUUCUAUUUCUAUCAAGACCACCUGGUUGGCACUGACCUCCCAAUGCUUUCCUAAAAUACCCUUUUUUCUUCCCUGCCGAUGGGGGACAGUCACCUAAAUGGCCACCAGGGAACUAUAGCGUUAGGAAUAGAGAUUUGUAUUGCUAACACUAACAUUUUUUGCAGCCUGCUUUCCAGUGUUGCAUAGUUACAAGUAUUUUAUUUUAGGGAUUACCUCGGUGACAAAUUGUCCAGAAAAUCAUUUUGAAUUCACUUUUUGCAUUAAAGAGGUCUUACUUAUAGAUUCUUUGUGUGUGAAAUUAUAUUCUUUUUUUUUUUUUUAUUCUUUUUUUUUUACUUAACCGUGAACUGUAGUCACUGUAAAAUCGUAUUGCAAUUUCAGGCCAAAAUUGUAGCGUUGUAAAAUUUAUCCAACAAUAUAGUCACACAAUGAUUAUUUUAGCCUGAAUUUGGUUUCUAGUUCCCCAGUAUUCACUGUUUAGUGAAUAAACCCCAUGUGUGAACUAUGUUUGAUAGGUUGUGUCCGUACAUAAGCCUAAGCAGAAAUAACCUCUCAGAGACAGUGUGCCCCUGUGUGCAUUUUCUGAUUUGUCCACGGGAAUGUAAUAUUAAAUAGGGGACAGUCUUGUUGAACAUCGAAAGUAUUACUUCAGAGCUUUAACAGGAGCCUAAAAUUCAACAGAGCUUUAGCCAUUUUUCUUAAAAGCUUUCCCUCCAGCUUGUGUCACUUUACCCUACACCCUCUAGAUUAGAAUGUAAGAUCAGUUGAGCAGGACCCUCUACACCCUCUGUUCCUGUGCGUCCAACUCGUCUGUUAGUCCACCUAUUGUAAAGCACUGUGCAAUCUGUUAGCACUUUAUAACUAAUAAUUAUAGCAGACUAACAUCAGGAGUCAAAUCAUGUAUGUCCUGAUGUUUUACUUUUACCAUAACUGUUGCUUUUACAUAUUUCUUAAGCCAUCAGAUCACUGAAUAAUGAUGUACUUCUUAUCCCCAGACAGCCAUAAUAAUCAGAUGAAGGACAGCCGCAUGAUGUCAUCUCUGUGAUGUGUCCACUCGGCGUGUCAAGCAGGCUUAGUGGAUGUGCAGCCAUGUUGAAAGGUGAGAGCUCUCUCUCUUUGGUUGUCCUUAGUUUAAUGUUAUGAAUAGGACAUGAAAAUAAAUCCUCAAUUUUUUUUUUGAAUAAAAGAUUAAAUGUGAUUAGGAAUAACAUAACAAAGGCCUCAAUUUAAUAUUGUUGGAUAAGUUUUGGUGUUUUUUCAUAUGAUUUUUCAACAUAUUAAAAUAUCAAAACAUAUAUAUUAAUUUAUCAUAGAUAUUUUUCACAAAAUUAAAUGAUUUUAAAAGUUUAUACAAAAAUAUGAAACCUUUUGGUAAGUUUAUCCACGUAUAUUAAAACAAGGCCAUAGUUAGAAAAAUAAAAUUAUGUUGCGUGCACACUGGCACCCCAUUUCCGUACCCAAAAUCCUUGUUUGUCAGAGAGAGAGCAGUAAAAGAUCAGAGUAAAUAUUGCACACCCUGUUUUUAUGUCUUUCUUUUUCUGAUAUAAUAUUUCCUUUUUGUUUUGUAUUUUAUUGACAUACAGGUGAGCUUUUUAGGUAUGAUUCAUAGCUGAUUAACUUUAGGCUCCUGUUAAAGCUUUCAUUCUGCUGUGUCAUUGGAAAUAACACUAAUCGCCUGUUCAUUUGCAGAGAUUGUGAUCACAGAACAGCCAGCAUGUGCCCGUGUCCCCAAAGACUUCCCCAUCACGCUGUGUUGCCGAGCUCAAGGCCCUCCAUCUUUACAUUAUCAGUGGCUACAGCUAUCAGAGGUACUUGUUCCACCCACACACUUAGGGGAAUCUGGCAAAGUCUCUGUAUUCAUAGAACUCUGAUCUGAUAAGAACUCUCAAACUGAACAUUAUUGUAACAGAAGCAUAUUAAAAAAAAUAUUUACUAGUAAUAUUAAAUGUAGCAGAUGUAAGAUGUAUAUUAUCUUGUCUACAUUUUAAAGCAGAACUGUAAUUUCUAGACUAAAUUUAUUUUUAGUGUUAAGCUCUGUCUGCACUAGUUUCAAUAUGCACUUUGUAAGACUAAUUAAAUUAACACAGAGAAUAAAUAUGUGUCUACUUCUAUUGAUGGUGUUCAUUUAUGGUGCCCUGCCCACAACUGGCACUGUACUCAGGUAGCCAGCCAACGUUGUGAUCAAGGAUCAAUGAAUUGGCAGGGAGAGAACACUAUGGGAAAUGCUGUGCAGACAUUGCACCCAUGUUUCCUUUAAGUAAGGGGCAUAAAUGUGAGGGCAGCACGACAGUGGUUUGGAAGAUAACAAGGACUCUAGGCAGAAUUCAGACUUUAGAGGGGAGGUAAGACAGAAACUAAUUUCAAUGUGAUGCCCUGGAUGUGCCUUGCAGGAGCUGGACUGUGAUAUCACAUUUUGUUUUGUUUUUUUCUAAACGUCUAGAAAACUUUAUAUUGGGCAAAAAAAUUAAUGCAACAUAUAUGUGGCCCUUUACUGAAUGGCGACAUUUCCAGACGUGCCAUAGUUACGCGUUCAGGGUAUUCUUUAAAGGGAACCAUGACUAUUUUUAAAUGAUACCAUUGAAUAUAACAUUGAAAAUCACCUUCAACUUGAGGGAAGCUUUUUUUUUUUUUUAUGAGCUGGUCCUUUUUGUUUCUUUGGCGUUUGUUAGGCGGCUCAUUAUUUAAUUUUAAAAUUCACUCCGUGACCCAUUCUUCAGUUGUGAUGUAUCCCAUAUUAAAGAAACACUUAAGUGUUUCUCUGCCCCUUCAUUUUUACACUCACCUUGCCUCUACCGACAUCAGCGCUAAGGGGGAAACUACUGAUCAUGCAUGGGCCUUAACCCCUUAGGGACAUAACUUCAGAAAUAAAAGGGAAUCAUGACGGAAUAUUUCCGUCAUGUGUCCUUAAGGGGUUAAGCCUUACUAAUAGAAAGCAUUAAUUUAAUUCUUUUCUAGGGGGAUUUGAAAAUGCUGAUAGUCCUCAUGAAAGGGUGAGGACGUCCAGCGUCGUUUAACUAAGCCAAACUCCGUGAAACCGCAGGAAGCGCCUCUAGUGGCUGUCUAGUACACAGACACUCUAGGCAGACUUAACUCUGCUAUAUAAACAUUGCAGGUUCUCAGAGAUAUGUUGAAAAUGAUUUACCUUUCCAACCUUUGGAUAGCAUGGGGAUCUAAUCUAGAUCGAAAUCUGUUGUUUGAUAAAUUAUACUCCCUUAGUUUGAUGGUAUAGGCACUGAAGUACAUUUUUAUAUAUUUAUUCAUUAUUGCUUUGUUUUUUUUUGUGAUGUAGCGUUUUGUUAUAUCUGAAUGACAUACUAGUUUAACUUUUGGCACCCACUUUUGGCAUCGAUUUACUGUGUUGAAAUAAACUAAAUAGGUGAAUCCAAAAUGUAAAUACUCAACAACCUCUUUAGACUCAUUGGUGGGGGCACUGCUGAAAUCCCUUUCUUGGCAUAGUGUGCACAGGGGCUACAUCUCAAUUGCCAUUUAAAGGGAUACUAUAAGUGCCAGAAAUACAAAGCUGUAUUCCUGACACUAUAACCUCUCUGCCGCCCCCCACCUCCCCAGUGAAUAAAGGGUUAAAAACCCUUUUACUUACUGCCUCCUCCGACUUUUCAUGACGAGCGUGUGCUAAUGUGCAUGCGCAGCAAAUGCCGCGCCUGCCUUAGACCUCCCCAUAGGAAACCAUUAAAUAAAUGCUUUCCUAUGAGGAAAAAUCUGACACUGGAUGUCCUUGUGCAGAGCGUGAGGGCGCCCAGCGUCAGCAGAAAACGCCUCCAGUGGCUGUCUGGGAGACAGCCACUGGAGACAGACUUAUAGCUGCAAUGUAAACAUUGCAAUUUCUCUGGAACUGCAAUUUUUAACAUUUCAGCACUAAGGGCAAUAGGGACAUUGCAGCAAGACCAGUUCAAUUAGCUGAAGUGAUCACGGCAUCUAUAGUGCCUCUUUAGUUUAAGGAAACGCGUAUAUUCAAAUAACCCAAAGACAUACCUGGGGACAAAUUAAAUCAGCAACUCUGAGGUUCAGUUUCUUUAAUAUCUGCCCUCUGAGAACUUUCAUUUUUAUGUACAAAGUUGCAACAGCAUGAGUAAAGAAACCCCAGUGCUUGCAGUUUAUGUCAGCAUCAACGUGCCUCUCUAGUGAGCAAUCUACUCCGUUACAGGACACAUAAAAACAAACAAGUGUUGCUCAAUCUCGGUGCUUCCUUAUUCUAUUACUCAAUAAAGCACUCCGCCUCUCAGCUCAGCUCUAUUGAAGGUGUAUUUGCGUGUCAGUAGAAAAACAAGAUACUUGUUCAGUGCUUUCAGUUUCUUUUGUUUACAAGAGUCAUAACAGGCUGGGUGGUAAUCAGAACUUUUGGACCCAGUAUCGUAGAAGGACUCGUGGCAAAUGAAGUUUGUUAUCAGCAUGUUCAUAUUUGUAUAUCAUGUCUGUGCUUUGUGUCAGGAAUCAGUCGUAUAGUUCUCACCUAUCCGCUUCAUUCCCUCUCCUGCCUUCUCUACAUCUUUCAUGUGGACUUGACCUCAGUUCAUGACAUAUAAUUGAAAAAUGUACGGCUUGUUAACUGAAAGUAGCUGAGUGUUGGUGGAAACUCCUCUAGUGGUUAUCACGAAAACAGCCAAGAGAAGGGUUUUAGCCCUUCAAAGUAAACAUUGCUGUUCCAUUUAAAAUGGCAAUGUUUUAUAUUGAAGGAUUGAAGCUAGAAGACCACUUCAUUCACACCACAUCACUGAGAUAAAAUGGUCUGGGUGUUUCCCGUGGUCCUUCAAAGGGGAACAUUCACUUCCUUUGGUGAAUAAAAUAUUCAAACUCAUAUAUAACUUCUGUUAACCUUUUUUCAUGAUACAGUCUGUUGGUUUAAAUUUUAGUUAAAGAUUUAAUUAAAGAUUUAGCCGAUGAAAUCACAUUCCGGUUCAAUCUGUGCUAAGCCAUGGCAAGCAUUGCGAGGAGGAGAAAUAAAUACAGUGUCUGCUUUCUCUAUGCUGAUUUCAAAGUGAAAAAAAGAUUUUACAUCAAUGAUUGACAGGGAACUAAGAUAGAGGCACCCAGUUUCAGGAUAAAGUGGUGUGAAUUUCUACAUUUAAUUUUUUUUUUUACAUAUACAUAUUUGGUAAAUAUAGAGAUAAAUGAUCAUAAUUUUUCUACAAAAUGCAAUAUCUGUUAGAUACGCUAACUGGGAUAAAAUUAAGUUUUUCAUUUUGCAUUUGUGGAAUUUGUAUAAUUAAUUUUAGGAGUACAUUUAUUCCUAAAAAAAAGUUGGUCCUUUUCCUAUGUUUUUGUUGUCAUUGUUUCUUAUUUCUGUGACUAGACAAUCCUCAAGGCAUAGGCAACCUUCGGCACCCCAGAUGUUUUGGACUACACCACCCACGAUGCUUUGCCAGCAUUACGGUGUAAGAGGAUUAUGGGGGAUGUAGUCCAAAACAUCUGGAGUGCCGAAUGUUGCCUAUCCCUGUGACCUAGACUAUAUAGUACUUUCACUAUCUAGCUUGCUGUGUGCAUAGCCUUGUUAUCUCUAACAAAUAAUUACACCAGAGUAUCACGUGUUUUUCAAACGCUUUGCUUAUUGUUAACUGCCAGAUCUUUAUUUGGUUUUAAUUCUUUUGCCUUUAUUUCUUACUUGGGAAGUUGGACAGAGCCAUUUUGUUGUGUUUUUUUUUCUGUUUUUAGAAAAACAUAAACUAUUUUAUGAAAGCAAAUUGCCCCUUUUCAAUACAAACUAUGUUCUUAUUUUUGCUUUAUUACCCCUUUUGAUAACCCCCCCCAUCCCCCCUCCCACCCAAGUGAUAAUGUUUGCUUUCUAUCUCUCUGUACAUGUGAAUGUGUUUCUCCUGUUUUUGGAAAUCUUUUGUCUCACGUUGAAUGAUAUAUACUUUUUUUUUUUUUUUACUGUUUUGUUUAUUUUCACUUUUUUCUGUUGCAGUCUUACAAAGGAACUCCGACACAUUUUUGCACAACAGAAAAGGUAAUGAUUAGCUAUUGGUUGUACUAUUAGGCUAUUUAUUUUCACUACUUCCCGUUUUCUAUUUUAAUUUACAUGCCCUACUGGGCACAUGUGCAUAGCCUGUGUGUAAAUUAACGCUUGCCGUACCAUAUGCGUUCGUACUGCACUAAUGAAGGUAUGCCUGAGAAUGUUUGUUUGUUUCUGUCCGACAUUUCUGUAUACAGUGACAAAGACACCCAGAACAACACACAACUGCAGUUUAGGUAAGUACAAUUGUAAUUACCUUGGCUGCAGUGUUGUGUGACAGAAACAAGGAAAAGAUUUCUUCCAGAGAAUUGUCAGUUUCAGUUUAGUGGCAAUUUUAUAAAGGUAAAAUUUUACUUCUUUUUUGUUUUUUCGAUUAAGGCUCUUUGUAUUUCUAAGUUUAGGGUUCAACUCCUUACAUUACAAAGAUUAUAUGAAAAUAUGACAUUGGGGCCAAAGUUAAAUAAGUUGUUUUAUUUAAUUCAGUAAAUGUUAAAAGAGUUAUUUUUUUUGUUAAAUGUUAAAAGAGAUAUUUAGUGCUAGAUUAGUUAACAUGGAUAAAAUAAACAACUAGUUGAACCAAUCCGCACUGAAAUCUACAAGUUUGAGCCAUGAAUGAAUGAUUUCCUUAUGUUGCAGCAAAACUGGACACCAGUUUAAAGGAACAACCAUGUAUUCCUGACCCUAUAGUGUUAAAUCCACCAUUUAUGUGGCUUAACCCCCUUUAGCCCCCUUAAAAGGAAUUAAAACGCGCCUUUUUCCAGCUCUGCACAGAUCUGUCGGUGCUGGCUCCGCUCCCGAUUCGCCUCAUUGAUGACAUCAUUAGAAUUACCGCCAAUCCAAUGCUUUCCCAUGGGGAAAGCAUUGGAAUGGAUAAAAUCGGCAAGGGGGCGGGGCCAAACACCAUUUUGGCCAAUCAGCACCUCCUCAUAGAGAUCCAUUGUAUCAAUGCAUCUCUAUGAGGAAAAUUCAGUGUCGUCAUGCAGAGCAUGGAGACGCUGACUGGCAGUGCUGCCUACUGUGCAGCACUGCUUCAGGAAGCACCUCCAGUGCCCAUCUAAAGGGGUAGCCACCUGUAGGUGUCCCUAGGGGCAAUGUAAACAAUGCCUUUUCUGUGAAAAGGCAGUGUUUGCAUUAAAUUGUCAGAAGGCAAUGAUUAUACUCACCAGAACAACUACAUUAAUCUAUAGUUCUUCUGGUGACUAUAGUGUCCCUUUAAGUUGGGUUUUUCAGCUUUUUGCGAUACAAGGAUAUGCGAAAGGUUUGACUUGACAGACCUGAGUCCUUUAUUUUAGUUUACAUUAGGUAGGACUUCAAGAACCAUUGUUCUGCUGCGUCCAUAACUUGUAAUGUAUGUAGUGUGGGACUCACCUAGUAAGUGAGCUUCACCUUACACUAGGCAUGUCCGUGAACAUCUGUUACUGAUACAUUUAUUUAUUUAUUCAUUUAUUCAUUUAAAAAAAAAUCUACUAUGGUCUUUUUCCUAUUUUUCUGAUUUUAGAUGGAUUAUAUGUUCAUAAUCUUAUUUUUGUGUGUGUGUUUUUCUAAAAAUCAUAUAGUAAGUAGAACCAUAAAGUUUUUCAGGUGCAGUUUAGGAUAGUAUCAGUCACACACCUUGUUGAAUGAAAGCACUUUAAAAUAUAAAAAGAAAUUUAAAAAUGUAUCUCCUUAACUCCUUAAGGACCAAUCAGAUUUCAUGCCAUCAUCACACUUUUGUCCCUAAAUUCCAUAUGCCUGUAUGGAAUGUCGUGCUUAAUUAGCAUUUGCAACACUGUACAGUCCUGACAUCAAUACAUUAAUUAGGUGUUUCAUUUUGAUAGAGAUUUUUUUUUUUGAUAGAGAUACUUAUAGGAAGACUGAAAUGAAAUGUUUUAAUAUCGUAAUAUAGACUGAUUAGCCACAACAUUAAAACCACAGACAGUUAAAGUGACUAAUAUAUUAUAUUGAUUAUAUAUCAUUACAAUCGUACAUAUCAAGGGGUGGGAUAUAUUAGGCAGCAAGUGAACAGUCAGUUCUUAAAUUUCAUGUGUUGCAAGCAAGAAAAACGGGCAAGUGAAAAAGAUUUUAGUGACUUUGACAAGGGCCAAAUAGUGAUGGCUAGACAAUUGGAUCAGAGCAUCUCCAAAAUGGCAAGUCCUGUGGGGUGUUUCCGGUAUGCAGUGCUUAGUAUCUACUUUACAAAUGGUGCAAGCAGACUGGUCAGAUUGAACAUAAUGACCCCUGUCCACCAUCAAAAACACCUGCAAUGGGGGUGUGAGUAUCAAAACUGGACCACGGAGCAAUGGAAGAAGGUUGCCUGGUCUGAUGAAUCAUGUUUUCCUUUAGAUUAGGUGGAUAGCCUGACCCAUGUGCGUCAUUUACCUGGGGACAAGAUGGCAGCAGGAUGCACAAUGGGAAGAAAGAAGGUUGGAGGAGGCACUGUUAUGCUCUGCUCAGUGUUCUGCUGGGAGCAUUCAUGGCAUUCAUGUGGAUGUUACUUUGACAUGUACCACCUACCUAGAAAUUGUUGCAGACCAUGUACAUCCUUUCAUAGCAAUGGUGUUCCCUGUUGGCCGUGACCUCUUUAAGCAAGAUUAUGCACUCUGCAACACUGUAAAAAUUGUUUAGAAAUGGUUUGAGGAACGACAAAAAGUUCAAGGUAUUGCCUUGGCCUCCAAGUUCCUCAGAUCUCAAUCCAAUAGAGCAUCUGUGGGAUGUGCUGGGACAACAAAUCCCAUCCAUGGAGGCUCCACCUCGCAGCUUGCAGGACUUAAAGGAUCUGUUGCGCAUGUCUUGGUGCCAGAUACGACAGGACACGUUCAGAGGUCUUGUGGAAUCCAUGCCUUGACGCAUCAGAGCUGUUUUGGCAGAAUGAGGAAGACCUACACGAUAUUAGUCUGGUGGUUUCAAUGUUAUGGCUGAUUAUUGUAAUCUUCAUGUUAUAAUAUAUCAUCUCAUUUUUUAUUUUUUAUAUUGACUUGACUUUUCUUUUUUCUUUUCUUUUUUUUAAGAAAUCACCCGCCUAACUUUCCUACACCCCCUUUCUGACAGCCAUUUAAAUGCAAAUUUAUGCAACUUUCUGCUGCUUUUUAAAAUCAUGUGUUCCUUCUGCUGCAGCGUUUUCUGUCAGGCAAUUUUGAAACACAACAAAUAGUUCCAAAAUAGUAAAGAUUGGAUCCGAUGCCUGAGAAUCCAAACAAAGGUGCAUUAAAAUGGCUGUCAAAGAGAGGAUGUAUGAACGGCAGGCAAUCAUUUAUUCUAAAAUAUCAAUAUACAUAAAGAAAAACCAGACUAAAAAAAUUUCAUUUCUCCUUUAAGAAGUUAUGAUGGGAAAAACAACAUGUUUGUGGGAGCGUAGAAACUCUAAAUUCUGUGCUUAUACCGGAGUAAUAUUUUUGCAUAUUUCUCCACUUGAAUAAAUGAUCUACAAUGUGUCUACCCUUAACGUGUUAGUAAUUCUAGUGACAGUAACAUUUCUUCUCCUUAGGCACCCUACGAGGAGAUUCCAGGUGCCAAUAAGCCAGACUUGCACAUUGUAGCCAAACAAACCCAUCUGUAUAUCUGCCGAGUAAAUGAUGAACACCACAAGACUUUGUACAGCCGGUGGGCUAAAGUCAAAGUUCUAAAGGAUGUUCCUAGAGGUAAGCAUUCUUAUGACUACAUAUGUUUUGAGCUGCUUUUAUAUGACAAAGGCUUUGCGUUUGGAACUUACAGUGUAUAUAUAAUGUUAUUUGUCUGUGAAUGGUACAGUAAUUGCCUACAAAGAGGGACAAUCCUAACUUUUGGCCCAAAUCCAUCUUUCCUUAUUUUUUAUUCUAAUGUCCCUCUUUUCUAUGAGCUCCAUAUUGUUGGUGUGUCUGAGUGUAUAACAGAGCUCCACAGCAAUGAUACUCCCAGUAAUGUGUCUGAGUGUAUAACAGAGCUCCACAGCAAUAAUACUCCCAGUAAUGUGUCUGAGUGUAUAACAGAGCUCCACAGCAAUAAUACUCCCAGUAAUGUGUCUGAGUGUAUUACAGAACUCCACAGCAAUAAUACUCCCAGUAAUGUGUCUGAGUGUAUAACAGAGCUCCACAGCAAUAAUACUCCCAAUAAUGUGUCUGAGUGUAUAACAGAGCUCCACAGUAAUAAUACUCCCAGUAAUGUGUCUGAGUGUAUUACAGAGCUCCACAGCAAUAAUACUCCCAGUAAUGUGUCUGAGUGUAUAACAGAUCUCCACAGUAAUAAUAAUGUACCUGAGUGUAUUACAGAGCUCCACAGCAAUAAUACUCCCAGUAAUGUGUCUGAGUGUAUAACAGAGCUCCACAGCAAUAAUACUCACAGUAAUGUGUCUGAGUGUAUAACAGAGCUCCACAACAAUAAUACUCCCAGUAAGGUGUCUGAGUGUAUAACAGAGCUCCACAGCAAUACUUCUCCCAGUAAUGUGUCUGAAUGUAUAACAGAGCUCCACAGCAAUAAUACUCCCAGUAAUGUGUCUGAGUGUAUAACAGCUCCACAGCAAUAAUACUCCCAGUAAUGUGUCUGAGUGUAUAACAGAGCUCCACACCAAUAAUAAUCCAGUAAUGUGUCUCAGUGUAUAACAGAGCUCCACAGCAAUAAUACUCCCAGUAAUGUGUCUGAGUGUAUUACAGAGCUCCACAGCAAUAAUACUCCCAGUAAUGUGUCUGAGUGUAUAACAGAUCUCCACAGUAAUACUCCCAGUAAUGUGUCUGAGUGUAUAACAGAGCUCCACAGCAAUAAUACUCCCAGUAAUGUGUCUGAGUGUAUAACAGAGCUCCACAGCAAUACUUCUCCCAGUAAUGUGUCUGAAUGUAUAACAGAGCUCCACAGCAAUAAUACUCCCAGUAAUGUGUCUGAGUGUAUAACAGAGCUCCACAGCAAUAAUACUCCCAGUAAUGUGUCUGAGUGUAUAACAGAGCUCCACACCAAUAAUACUCCCAGUAAUGUGUCUGAGUGUAUAACACAGCUCCACAGCAGUAAUGUGUCUUUAAAAUACAAUAAAUGUGUUCAAAAAUCGUUCUGUGUAAAUGAGAUACAUUUUAGUUGCAUAAAUUGUUAUUAGUAAGUCACCUAAAAUUUCUCAUAACAGCCCUGUGGUCACACCCCUACUCACUCCCCUAAAAUUAAAGUGUCCCUCUUCGUCCAUUGCAAAUGUUGGGAGGUAUGCAAUUGUCACACCUCUGGAAAUAACACCAUAUAAUAAAACAUUUAGAGUAACUCACAAUGUGUGCUAACCUUUUUAUGCAUUUAAAUUUAUAUUAACCACUUCACUACCAGAAUUGACUAUAAAUAUAUGUUCGUUUUACAUGUUUUGCAAAAUGAAAUGUAGUCUAUAAAGCCUCACAUACCCUCAUUUUUACGCUAUCAAUGAUUAACAGCAUGUUAGGAACUGGUUUAAAUCCUGCAAGUCUGCUAAAAUGUCACCUCACCCCCUAAUUCCAAACAGUAAAGCAAGUUUCAGUGGGUUCCUUUAAUCAUGUGGGGUGAAUGGACGCUACCAUUUCACUAUUAAGAUUACAUUAGCAUUGUGGAGAUUGAUAAACAUUGCUGUAGAUGUUUUAAAUACCUUUAUUUUAGAAAUGUAUAAUUUAAUUGUAUUUACUUAAUGUGGGCAUUAUGCAUACACACAUCCUAUGCAUUAAUCCUAUGCAUUUUAUUUUUUAAGGUUGUCUGUAAAGCGAUUUAUACACAGAAUUGCAGUGUUAUGUGAUUACAUGCUAGCUAUGUAUUUUCAAAAAGUGACAGAGAAAAUGGCAAAGCUUAUUACAGUGACUGAGAGGUACUGACAGAGAGCAAAGAUGGAUACUUGCAGUUUCAGAUAGAGGUAGAUGUCAUGGUGUGACGUUCUACAUUUAAUUUUAUAUUCAGAACUCACAAACAUAUUUGUUAAACAUGAUAUAAAUAUAUGUAAUAAUGAUUAUAUUAAAAAUCAUGGGAAAUAAAUUUCACUUUAAAUUAUGCACAAGAUUAACUUUGUUGAGCUGUUUAGAACUGUGUAUAUAAUGACCUAUAUCACAAAAUCAAGCUCUCUCUUUAUAAUGCAUAUCAUAUUGUGGAACUGUGAGAAAAUGAAGGAACAUUCCGUGCACCAUAACAACUUAAUUGGAAUUACGUUGCUAUGUUGCAAGGAGUUCCCCUGUCCAAGGCUUCUUGUUCCAAGUGUUAGAGAGAAGUGGAAGGGCGGAGCUAAAUGGUGCUGAAUUUAAGACUUUGGGGUUAAACCAUGAGAGGUUUAUCCCCUAAAACCAAGCCGACGCCAGUGACCCCUGAUACCAUUACAACAUCAUUCCGAUGAAGUUCAUAUGGUGCCCGGGUGUUACUUUAAGUUUUGCACCUAAUGUAAUUGAUUCUCUCAGCGCUAUUCACAAAAGUUAGAAUUGAAAGUGAAUUUCAAAGGCCAAAAAUAGCCCAACAGAAUUGAAUUCCCAGCAAUUCUCAUUCUAGUGAGUAGCCCGUGACCAGUAAGAGCGCAUUCUCUAAAUUUUGAAGUCCCAAUGAGACUAUACCAAAUCCGUGACAUGUUGAAAAAUAGUCACAUAGUAUUCCGUAGAUCAGGGCUCAAAAGUUCUACUAGCCAUUGCCGAGAGAUAAUUUGUCCCUGGUUAGGGUCCCGUGCACGCUCCAGACCUACAGUGGCAAGUAACCUUUAAGACAUGACUAGUAGCAUAGGGCUUAAAAUAUUAUUAUUACUAUUGGUAUUUAUAUAGCGCCAGCUUAUUCCGCAGCGCUUUACAAUAAAAGGGGAAUUUACCAAAUGAGACAAUAACAAAAUGUAACAGGAAUAGGUAGUUGAGGACCCUGCUCAAACGAGCUUACAGUCUAGAGGAUGAGCAUAUUAAACCCAUAGAGCAGAGUAUGAAGCUUGCAUGUUGGUAAAAUACUAUGUUACAAUAUCUUUUCUUUGUUUUUCUGUUUUUCAGGUUUGGUACCACCUGGUUGGGAAGGAGACCCCAUCAUAGUCACUCAGCCAGCCUCUGCGGAGGUGAUGUCCCAGUGUCCAGUACAGUUUCAGUGCCAUGCUCUGGGCAUUCCAGCUCCCCAAUACCAAUGGUACCACAACGGGUUACCAACUAAAAAGAGUAGGCUUAUACAGGUAAGAUAAGCAGUAUAUCUGUAUAUCAGAUUAAUUUGUAUAUUAACACUGUGAUAAUCCAUCCUUGCAAUCAAAUAGUGGAGUAGACAGCAGCAUGUCACUUCCCAGAUUUUUUAUAUUCUAUUUUAUAAACAUUGUUAAUGGAAGAGGAUAAACAAACAGGUUUUUUUUUGUUCUCCUCAUUUACAUUCUGUGCCCUGGCUGUGCCUGGAUUGAAGGAGUGUGCGUAUAUAUAUUUUAAAGAAUAAUAAUAAAAAAAAAAACUAAUGGAAAUGGAUAUAUAAAAUAUCACAAAAACAGCAGGAAACGAACUACUCACUCCACCAUGGCAGUGGAUGUGCUCCAAUUUCUCGUUGCCAGUAGCAAUGUUCUUACAAUUCUGAAAAUUCACACAAAAUAACAAUACCGCACUCAAAAGAACUUAAUGAGAAAAAAAGAUAUCAGAAGAACGAGUAUCCUUGUAGUGCAGUUUUUAUCUUUUUACAAUAUUACGAACAUGGAAUGCCCACGAUAAUAAGCUGUAGUGAUAAGAAUUGUAGCUAAAACGUCUCUGCUGUAGGCAUCAAAAAAGAGGGAGGGGGAGAAAAAAACAAAAAACUAAAUGAAACUGGCAACUGAACUGGUUUAACGUUAUUACUGGAUGCCUUCUCAGCAUUAACAUUUCUUAUACCAUGAUGUCAUUUACAGAGAGGUUCCAAUUAAGGGCAUCUAACCUAUGGUAUAUCUUUUGAUAUAUAUUUUUAAAUUCGCUAUCUGGUAAUUACAUUAUUUUGUAUUUGAGGAGGAAGGGAGUACGAGAUGCACUUCCUGACUCUUUCACUUCCUCCAAAUCAUUGAGCAAGCAACAGAUAAUGGGAUUUGUUUUCGGAAGAGUAAGGAUAUCUGAGAAUUCGGUGUCUGCAGGAGCCUGAUAUUUAAAUCUGGCACUGCCUAUAACAGAAUAUUCUAAAUAAGCUAAAUGUGUAUAUAUAACUAUAUACGUAUAUAAAAAUGUGUAAAUAUAUAGGCAAAGCUCACCAACUCCCUGAACUAAUGAAAAUUGAUUUCUAUAUCACCAUAUAAGUCCUGACUAUAGUGAAAGGUGAAUAACAAAAUUUUGGAUUAAAAUGCUUUUUGUGUCAUUUAAAGGGACAUGGCUUAAUGUAGUUGUUCUAGUGUCUACAUUAAAAGGCCUACAGGGACAGACUGUAAACAUUGAAUUUUCAGAGAAAACAUUGCUGCCUAGUAAACCUCUAGUGACAGUCACUCAGACAGCCUCUAGAGGUGUUUUCUGGAUUCAGCAUGGUGACGCUGAACACUCUCAAUAAAGAUGCAUUGAUUUAAUGCAUCUCUAUGAGGAGAUGCUGAUUGGCAUAGUGCAUCAUUAUGCUGCGGAUUCGCAAUAGCCUCCCAAUGCAUUCCUAUGGGAAACCAUAGAAUUGACUGAGGUCAUCAAAUUUUAAGAUCUUAGCCACAGAGGUGGAGCAAGGCCGAGCCAUGCCUUUUUAACAGGAGGCAAGGGUAGGCAGUCAACUAAAAUGUGGUUUUACAACUAUAAUGUCAAGAAUACGUUUGUAUUCCUGACACUAUGGUGUUCCUUUAAGGGAUUAAUAGUACUGUUAAAGAAUGUUUGUUUGUUUUGAACAUUUACUCUCCCUCUGUUCCAGGGUUGUGGUUGUUAAAUUUCAGCAUAUACUGGACUUAGGUUCAGUAGCAAGAUUCAUAACUUAAGCCAUCAUUUUUGUUUUCUUGUGGGUACAUAGAUCCUGGUGUUUUAGUGUAAUACAGAAGAAAAUGGUGGAUUUCCCUGUUAAAUGUCAACAUGUGGCUCCAUUAUAGUGGUUUCCUAAAUGUUCUAUCACAUCCAGGAACUUUCAUGUUGUACUAGAACGUGUCUUGGAGAAGGAGCAAGGAAGAGGUCUAUAGCACGGCACAAUCUCCUGCUUCUUCUACCUCUAGAGUAGACCAAGAAGAAAUAAUUUAGCAGCAGUUGGUAUAGUGCUGCCAGGCCUCUCGUCCUCUGAAACAUCUUUAUCUAUGCCGUUUGUCCUGCAAAUAUUAAUUGUUUGGUUAAAUGAUAAUUAGAUAGAUCCUUACAUUUUAAUGGGAUUAUGGUCCUCAAGGUAAAAGCAAAAGAUAAUUAAAGGAACACUAUAGGAUCAGAAACACAAACAUGUAUUCCUGUUAAAAACAUUAUCUAGCCCCCUGAUCCCCCUAGAUAUACUAACAUCGGACCUUUAUUCCAGUCUGCUGGUACUGGUUCUGCCCCUGAUCUGCCAUCUUGGCUGAUAUCAUCAGAAGUGAUGAUCUCAGCCAAUCACAAUCCUUUCCCAGAGGAAAGCAUUGGAUUGGCUGAGAUAGUCAAUUCUGAUGAUCUCAGCCAAGGAGACGGGCCGGGGGUCUCUAUGAGGAAAGUUCAGUGUCUCCAUGCAGAGGGUGGAGUCACUGAAUGUCAGUCUCAAUAGAAAUAUGUAUGAUUGUUGAUCAUUGCUUAUCUUGAAUGAAAACAUUUUUUAACCUGUACUGCGGAGGCACAGAACACUAAUAGUUAUGUAUUUGUGGUGUCAGAUAAAGGCAGUGAAGCCUGGAGACUGUGGCAGUUACCUGUGUUGUGUGUCCAACGUCCGAGGAGAAAGAUGGAGUGCACCUGUGGAUCUCACGAUAGGUAAAUCGGUCAACAAAUUAUAACUAGAACAAAUUAAACAUUUUUGUAAAAAGACUGAACAUUGCAAGGACUCCAAGAACACUUAAAGAGCGCGAUCUGUGUUGUUCUUUAAAAUAUGGAAGAUCUUACGCCAUGUAAACAAGGCUCCAGUAAAAUAAAAAUACCUUAUAUCUGCUUACAAAGGUGAUGUGCGAAUACUCAAAAAUGUCACUACCAUUCUAAGACACAUUAUCACAUCGAUACAUCUCUUCAAUUAAAAUACAACUAUACUUAAAAUUUCAAUGUUUUGCCUUGUUUAUUUUGUUACAUUUAAGGAAACUUGUUAUUUAUUUAUUUUUUAAUGAUAUUGUUUUUUUGUUUAAUUUUUUUAGUAAAUUUCACUUUUUAUCUGGCUGAGCAGCCAUUUUGGGUUUAGCAUAUAUAUUGUUAUCUGACCAUCUGCCGUAGCAGGCAAGUUAGGUUGAGUGGCAGCUGGUCAGAUAACUUUAGAAUCUGAUCCAACGUGGCUGCCCGCUAGAUUAAAAAAGUAACAUUUUGUAAAAAACAAAAAAUCUAUAUACAUCACUAGAAAUAUCCAGAAGUUUCAUAAAAUGCAAUAAACUUUAAAAAAAAAAAAUGAGAACUGAAAAUUUGAUCAGUUGUCCUUUAAGUCUUAGUGAAGCUAUUAACACACCGUUAGGGAUGCUAUGCUGGACCUGCUGAGACCUUCUCUGGAGGAUACGUUAUAAGGCUUCUUAUAGUUCUCAUGAUGUAUAUUAUACUAUUUCAUAUAUUCACAUUCUGCAUAGCAGGUAUUUUUAUUAAUCUUGCUUAAUAUAUGUUGCUCUUUGUUACAUAUUAAUAUAGGUUGAAACAGGACUCCAGUCCAUCGAUUCCAUCCUUUAAUUUCUAUUUCUUAAUUUGUGUUUCAGGGCAGGAUAUCAUUCUUCAAGCAUUGCCCACAGGUAAUUGAUUGUCUAAGCUCUCGUUAUCAUGAAGUGAGAAUUGAAAGUGAAGAAAAGCUGACUUAGAACUUUUUUUCCAGCUUAGGCUAUGUUGACCUUAAAUUUGAAAUUUACUUUGAAUUCUUUAUUUAGUAAAUAACCCUGCCGAUGUAUAAUUUGGAAUGGAAAGUUCAUAUAAUAUCAUAAUAUUUAGAACUACACUAGGUGAGCUAGAACACUCACAACACAGUCAUCUGCACUAAGCUGUAUACUGUCUGGGGCACAGCUUUAUUCAGUCGAUACCUGAGGUCAGUAACCAGAAGGUUGCUUAUGUCAAAACUCACAUGAUUCUCAGAUUUACAUUGGCUAGUGGAUUGCUGAGAAUACUUGGAGAUGUAGUUCAGGAAAAUCUGGGAAGCUGUAACACCUGUUCUACACAGCAAUUGUGUGAGGGCUGGGCUAAAAAAAUAUAAUUCCAGUCAAUAAACUAAAUUAUUUAUUUAUGAAAAGAACACCGAUUUAUUAGCAUACCUAAGAUACAGGACAGGACUUGUACGUAGUUCCCAGCAUUUACCUUGAAGAAUGGGAUCUUCUCUGUCCUCAUAUAAUGCCCUUGUUUUUGUCUUUGUAGUUAAAAGGCCAAAAGAAACGUACUUUGGUAAGUACCUUUUUUUUUAGAAGGAGGUCUCUGGAUUCAUGAAGGCAAAUGGGGUGCUUUUUCUGGGACUUAAAUGCUGUCAUUGUAUUUAUUGGUCCUUUAUAUUAUUAAAAUGUACUUCAUGAGAACAGUUAAGUGAAACCGUUCAUAUUAUUAUAUUAAGUGUUGACUGAUCAUUAAGUAAUUAUGCUGCCUAUUCAUAUUGUGUACUGUCAAACACGUUCUAAAGGACAACAAGUCCAAAACUGUAGAAUAUCUCCAAAACUGUAGAAUAUAUCCAUAUGGGAUGUCUUAUUAUAGAGGUAGUUAAUUGUAGAAAAUAAUCCAGGCACUCCAACGAAUUCCAAAGUAGGCAAUUUUAUUAGAACCAGAAGCUACACAGCAACGUUUCAACCCCUCAAGGUCUUUAUCAAGCUACUGAAGCACAUACAAAAUAUCCAAUAUAUAAGUGCAUAUAAUAAUUAAGUGAAUUAACAUGUGAUACAUUAAUUAAUUAUUCUCAUCAUUAAUUAAUAACAAUAAAUAUCUGAAUAAAACAUAAUUGUCUCACCAAUCCUCAUCUCAAAUAUUAGGGAUGUCAAGAAGCAUAGAUAAACAUAGCCAAUGAAAUCUAGAUUUGUUAGUCAAUCAAGUUCAAUUACUUAAUAAUGCACAAGAUGUGUCUAAUGAUUUUUAAUAAAUGGAACAAUUUGGAUAUAAUAGGGAACAUCAAAGGACCCUAGGUACACUUCCGGGUCCCAUCACAUGAGAUAAAUCAUGUGACCAUCUCCAGCCAAUAGCAACCAGCUCCUAGUGCCGAUCACAUGAUCAAGUAAAAUCCAAUCAUGAACGUGCACGAAUGCACGUGCGUGGACCGGUAUAUCACUAUCGCGCAUGCGCCGAAUCGCGCAUGUGCAAUACCAAAUAUAACCAAAACACAAUCGCGCACAAGUGCGCAUGCGCAAACGGAUGUCUCCGUACCGCGCAUGCGCAACAUCAUAUAUAAAAAUACAUCGAAAAAAUUAAGACAAGAUGUUGAUCAUAAUGCGCAUGCGCAAAACGGCACAUCUAACAUAUCAGCAAAAUAGAAGAAAAUGCUUCCAAAUUCUCAUAAAAAGACACAACUUGUAAAUUCAUAUGUAAUAACAUUAUCAAUAGAUAGUAUAUUAAGCCAAUCUUAAUCCUAAUCAUAAUGUAAUGAGCACUAACAUUUAAAUGCAUUAUAAAAUGGCUAAUUUAGCUACUUCAGAAUGACAAACCCCAUAUUAAAUAAUAUACAUAAUAUAUACAAUAUAUAUAUAAUCUAAAAUUCAUAGAGCAUUAUUAUAUAUAAUAUAUUCAUUAUUUACACAUGAUAGUAGAUCAAUGUCAAUCAACAGAUUAUAUUUCCAUAAUGUGGUUAUCCUAAUAUGAUUAUACAAAAAUAUUGUAAUACAAAAGAAUACUACAGUGAAUAGUAACAUCAAAUGACAUAAUUAUAUUACAUCAUAUACAUAUCCUAACAAAGAUAUAUAAAAAAUAUAUAGUGAAUAAAAUAAACAUAAUAAUGAUAAAAAAAUAUAUACAUACAAUAAUAAUAUCAAAUAAUGUAAAUACUAUUAAUAAUAAAGGGUCUCCUCGUGUGACUCACACUGAAGGACCAAAUUUAAAUAUUAUACAAUUAUGAAAAAGUCACUGUCUAUGUGACUAAAUAAUAUAAAAUAUAAAGUGAUAAAUAAUUAGUGAUGUAAUUAUAAAGUAAGAAAAAUAAUAAUGGAACAAUUGACAUAAUGUCAUAGGAUAUUAUUGUUCUUGCAAGAGAUUUAAUAGUCACUUAAGCUAAGAAUUUUCAUGAGGAAAAAUAGAUAAAUUUUUAAUUAUUUAACUUCAUUUAUUCAAAAUUAUUCUGAUUUAAUACUAAUAGAUUUUAAUUCUUAUCUAUUAAACUAACAUGAUGACAGAGAAUUCAAUAGUGUUAGAUUUAAUGUAAAACUAAACGAUAAUAUUGACAGUUAUUAUGUAUAUUACUAUAUCUUUAUAAAAAAAUAAUUCAAUAUAAUAUAUCUGUCAAUAAUAUAGCAAGCGACAAAAAACACCAAGAUUUAGUUCUAAUUAACCUCCUGCAAUCUGUUCAACUACCAAUAAUUAUAUAAUGAAAAACAUUUGAGAGACAAAUAAGAAACAUGUGCUCAAUAACGUGUUAACCAGCACAGCCCACACAGAUAAUAAUCUGUGAAGAUAAUCUGUAAAACAUAACAAAAAUCAAAAAUUAAUAAUAAAAAAUAAAUAAAUAGUUAAAAAACCACAAAAACUAAACUUGAAUUUAGAUAGACUUAAGUUUAAAUAAACUGUUUCAGGUCAUAUUCUUGAUUGAGUCCCCUAGGUGUCAGGGAUCCUAACUCUCUAAUCCAAUAUGCUUCUCUAAAUAGUAAUCUUUUUAUUCGAUCCCCUCGUCUUGAACUUUCUUCUACAUGUUCAAUGAUUUGAAAUUUAAAGGGACACUGUAGUCACUAUAACCACUUUGUCUCUUUGAAUUGGUUAUAGUGCCUGGAGUACCCUGGCACUGUCCCUCCAUUCAGUGUUGCACCAUGUUUGUGCAGUAUGCCACAAAAUAAGAGUCCCUGGCCACCCACAGUCCGGCCCCUUCUGUAUGUGUAGCUAAGGCAGAGAUUACACACUUCCUUGUUGUCAUACCCAUUCAUACCGUCAGUUGGAGCUCUGACAGGUUAAAAGCAGUCAGCUGACACUCUCAGCCAAUCACAGCUGCCCAUUGCUGCUCAGGGUAAUACUUCCUUAUUAGCCAAAGCAGCACAGAGGGGAUGGAGUGCUGGGGUCUCUUGUUUAGCAUUAAAACAUUACAACAUUAAAAACUGUUUAAUGCUGAAAGAAAUGAUGGCACCAGGGGACUCCAUACACUAUAACCAGUUUAAAGAGAUGAAGCAGAUACAGUGCCUACGGUGUCCCUUUAAGUUGAGUUAUAUUAUGAUUUGCUUCUACAAAAUGCAUUGGAAUAGGCAAUUCAAGCAUUUUUGUCCUAAUUGUAGAUUCGUGUUUUGAAAAUCUUUCUUUAAUUUUUUGUGUUGUUUGACCUACAUAGAUUAAACCACAAGGACAUUUUAGAAUAUAAAUUACAUAUGUCGUAUCACAUGUGACAAAUUGUUUGAUCACAUAUUUAUUCCCCCUAUGUGGGUGAGUAAAUGUCGAACCUUUAAUCAUAGCGUUACAACAAAUACAAUUUAAACAUGGAAAACUUCCAUUUCUCUUUGAAGUUAGUUUAGAUAGAGGAGGUAGCUGAGCUUUGACUAAUUUAUCUCUCAAUGAGGGGGCACGUCUCUGAACCAUAAGGGGUUUAUUUGCAAAUUCCACAAUAUUUGGAUGACAUUUUGAUAGUAUAUGCCAAUGUUUGUCAAGUAUGUGUUUUAAAUCAGAAGAUAGCGUACUAUACCUAGAAAUAAUCUUAAUUCUAUCUUCUAUUUUAACUUGUUACUGGGACCUGUCCUGUGGAGCACCCUGGAUUCCUGGAUGAAGGGUUGAGUGCACUUCCAUUAUUUCUUUUUAUCAUAGAGGUAGACAACCUUUAGCACUCCAGAUGUUGUGGACUACAUCUACCAUAAUUCCUAGGUUGACUACUCCUGGUUUAUAAAAUCCGGACUAGUGGUGGUCACAGGUGGUUGUUUUAAUAUUAAGAGAUUUAGUUUCUAAAAUGCAACUUAUUUUCAUUAAUUAUAUAUUAAGUCAACUUUUUUAUUUUUCCACAAAUGUUUCGUUGUCCUGUUUUUAGCAGUCUGUCCUAAUUAAUAGCAUGUAGGCUAUACCUAACUGCAGGUAACAUUUCCUUCUCAAAAGAGAAAACGUCCUCAUUGGAACCGCCAAGAACACAUGGGAUGGGCAACAGCUUAACACAUAGAAACAUUGUGACCAGAAGUAAAUUCUGUUUUAGAUUGUGGGUCUCACAUUAGUAUGAAAUCUGGGGAUCUGCUUUGGAGAUAUUGAAUUUAAAGCUGUACUUACCUUUCAUUGUUGGACAGCUGGAUACCAAAUUAGAAACGUGAUAGACAUGUGCAAUUCGUUUCGGUCCGAAUUUAAAUUCAGACAAAUUUCGGCAAUUCGGACAUUUGGAUGCUUCCGAAGUGACGAAUUUCGGAAGUGCAGAAAUGUUUUGGAUUUCUGAAAAGUGGCAAAACAGGAGAGGGAGGGAAAAUUAAGGGAAUGAUGACAGGAAUCUAACCCUAACCCCAGCCCUAACCCCUAACGCAAGUGGGGUUAGGUUAGGGGUAGGGCUAGAUUAGGGUUUGUGGUAGGGUUAGGGGUAGGGUUGGGGUUAGCAAUAGGGUUGGGGGUUAGGGGUAGGGUUAGGGUUAGGGGUAGGAUUAGGCUUAGGAAAUUGCCAAAGUCACGAAUUUCAGAUUACCGAAGUCCCAAAUUGCUGAAAUCCCGAAAUUCGGAAGUGCUGAACCGAACCAAAUUUUUUGCCCAUGCACAUCCCUAAAACGUGACAUUUUUUGUACUUGAUAAUAUUCCCAAACAAGAAUAAUGUAAGUUACCGUGCAACUAAAAAGAUAGCAUAAUCCAGAACAAAUAUCACUUUGCCUUUCCAAUCCAGUCCCUGUGUCUAUCCCUGAAUGAGAUAUAGGAGAAGGCACCAAGUUCUGUUUUACUGGGUUAUUCACUAACAUGUGAAUUGUCCUGGAUUCAAAAUUAAUGUCAACAUUUUAAGUCAAUUUGGAAUUGUUUUUCUAGUUUAUUUACUUUGUCCUAGUAUGUGAAAUUCACUUUGAAUUCACUUUAAGUUACCUUCCAUUUGCUUCAUCAUAAAUUGUUCCACACUAAAAACUGUGAAGAAUUAAAAAGGAAAUUGCAGACUUAUUAGUAAAUAAAUCUAACCAGUAUCUAGACUUUGAUGGUUUUCAAUUAGAACUGCAGACUCAUAACAAAUGACUUUUUGGUUUUAGAGUAUAUUAAUGUAUAUUUGGUAUUUAAAUUGACAUAGCACAAAAUAUUUAGUAUCUGCCACAAAAUCUGUAUCAGGAAAGUAUAAAAAAAAUGUUUCUUGACAGCUGUUGGGAAGGUGGCGUUACUGAUCGGCAAUAAUGGUUACUUGAAUCACCCCAACCUCCUGGCACCAAUGGUGGAUGUUAGCGAGCUGUCCGUACUUCUGAGAAAGAUAGGAUUCUGUGUAGUAUCCCUGGUGGAUCUGACACGUGAAGAGAUGCUCAGAGCUGUCAAUCAGUUCCUGGAUCUCCUGGACAAAGGAGUGUAUGGUAAGCCUGUACCCAUAAAACUGCAUUCUUUUUUCACAAAUUCCCCAAAUGACUGCAUUUUUCAGUUCACUCAUGCUGUGUGACCACUAACAAUCAAUAAACUAUCAAUGCUUUAGAUUUUUGUAUUUCUACAAGGUUAUUCACUAAAGUGAGAAUUCAAGGUGAAUUACAAGUGAAUUUCAAAUUUAAGGUAAAGAUAGCCCAAAAUGAAAAAUUAUGUGAAUUGACUAUGCUUUCAGAUCAGCAACCUGGCCUUAAAUUUUGAAUUUAUUUUGAAUUCUCACUAUAAUAACCAGGCUACAGUUUUUAUUACCUAAAAUUACAUUAGUUCUCUCGAAAUGUCAGGCAUAUUCUUCUUUUAGAAGUUAAACCAAACAAAUAAUCAGAUACCUAAGGGAACACCACUUAGGAUCUGUGCACCGGUAAAGACACUCCAGCUGUGUCUGCAGGGCUUAACCCUAUAAUAUAUGAAUUGAUGGAAACAAAAAAAAUUAAGUCACUCAAACCACAACAAAAGAGGUGAAUGAAAGCUGGAACGUAGAUAUGUAUAUUGUUUAAAUAACUGUUAAAGGACCACUCUAGGCACCCAGACCACUUCAGCUUAAUGAAGUGGUCUGGGUGCCAGGUCCAGCUAGGGUUAACCCAUUUUUUCAUAAUUAUAGCAGUUUCAGAGAAACUGCUAUAAUUAUGAAUGGGUUAAGCCUUCCCCCUAAUCCUCUAGUGGCUGUCUCAUUGGCAGCCACUAGAGGCGCUUGCGUGCUUCUCACUGUGAUUUUCACAGUGAGAGCACGCAAGCGUCCAUAGGAAAGCAUUGUAAAUGCUUUCCUAUGCGACGGGCUGAAUGCGCGCGCAGCUCUUGCCGCGCGUGCGCAUUCAGCCCAGGAGGAGGAACGGAGGAGGAGAGAAGGAGGAAAGCUCUCCGCCCAGCGCUGGAAAAAGGUAAGUUUUUAACCCUUUCCCCCUUCCAGAGCCGGGCGGGAGGGGGUCCCUGAGGGUGGGGGCACCCUCAGGGCACUAUAGUGCCAGGAAAACGAGUAUGUUUUCCUGGCACUAUAGUGGUCCUUUAAGUUUAGCUGGACCAGCACUAAAUGUACAUAUAUACACACACAUGUGUCUCAAAACUAGAAACAAAGUAAGAAAAUGAAUAGCCUUACUUCUCCACCAACUCAUAAAGGGAGUAUAGGGUCAUCCAGUAAAUUGCUUAAACUAACGGUAGCUUUAUUAGACUGCUUGUUUUAACCCAGGAUUUGCCCUGUCCCCAAUCUAGAUUAACGGAAAUAAACCAGGGUGAGAGUAAAUACCUUAUUAAUGGGGGGUGUCCAAGACCAAUAGACACAAUAUCUAAGGAGUAAUACACAGUCCUAAAAAGGUUAAUUAGAAAGUUUGUAGGACAGUUAGAUAAAAAGCCUCUCUCCCUGGUAAGCUAGCUAGAUAGUUAGUAGAGACAGAAUAAAAAACGUGAGAAAAUAAUUAAAUCAGUGAAAACGCUGCAUGUCCAUAUUAAAUAGACAUCCCAAGUGAAUAGGUAAUAGGUGCCCAAGAGCCACUCAGAACAUAACGCCUGUCGCGCGUUUCGGUGCACUAGCGCAUGCACCUUCGUCAUAUAGUCACCAAAACAACUUUAGCUUACCAAAGCAGUUUUGGUGUAUUGUUCAUGUCUCUGAAGAUUCAUUGCUGAAUUCUCUGCCAUUUAGGAGUUAAAUUACUUAUGUUUCUGUUUAUGCAAUCCUUGCCACACCUCCCCUGGCUGUGACUCACACCACUUGCAUGAAAACAAAAAGGUUUCAUUUUCAAUCAGAUGUUCACUUGUUUUCAGCUGCAGGGUUAAAACUAGAGGGACCUGGCACCCAGACAACUUCAUUGAGCUGAAGUGAUCUGGGUGCCUAUAGUGGUCCUUUAAUCACGCACAGGAGACUCUUGCAGGGUCUAGCAAGCUAUUAACAGAGCAGAGAUAAUACAUUUUAAAUUAAACAGAAUUUGUAAUAAAGGAAGUGUAAAGAUGACUUUUUACAGAAAGUUUUAGCAAGGCUGUGUAAGUCAAUGCAGAGUGGCGUGACUAGGGCCACAUAAACAAAGUGAUUUAACUCCUAAAUGGCAGAUAAUUGAACAAUGAGACUGCAAGGGCGUGAUGUAUACACCAAAACUGCUUCAUUAAGCUAAAGUUGUUUUGGUGACUAGUGUCCCUUUAAUGUGUGUGUUAUCAGCGAAUGAUGCAAAUAGGAUGCAGUAGCUAUGUUUCCACUUACAAUGUACUGCACAAUUUAUUGCUGUCUGGUAUUAUAAAAUUCUGUGAAAAUAAUAGUGGUUUUAUAUUCAUGUUUCUAUUAAGCUACAUAUCAUCAUCAUCAUCAUCAUUUUGUAGGGAAAACGUUUGUCCAAAGAUUGUGUGCUACAGUUGAUGCAAAUAUAAACCCCUUCCAGGAACUUUUUACAUCAUCAGCUAAUUAUACAGAGCAUUGGCCAGAUAGCUAGCACUGAGCAACCUUCGUGUUGUUCAAGGUCAAAUGACUGUGUGCUAAGACUAGCUUGAAUCUACAAAACAGGUUUAAAGGGCUAAACUGGGAAUUUCACAUAAUUAUAGACAUUUUCUGAAAUUAGUAUUGUUUCUUUCCAUUAUAAAAAGAGGGUCUGUUACUUUUCAGUAUUUCAUAAAAAUAUAUUCUUUAUGAAAUACCGAUCAUGGCUGCUUUGGAAUUUCACUGAAUUUGCAACGGAAGCCAAAGAUACCAAAAAAUGACUUUGUUUUAUGGACAAGCCUGAGGUUUACCAAAGGUAUUUGGAGUUAUAGAGAGAGGUUUUAUGGAGUAAUAGGAGGAGUUAUAGAGAGAGGUUAUAUGGAGUAAAAGGAGGAGUUAUAGAGAGGUUAUAUGGAGUAAUAGGAGGAGUUAUAGAGAGAGGUUAUAUGGAGUAAUAGGAGGAGGUUAAGGGAGCGGUUAUAUGGAGUAAGAGGGGAGUUAUAGAGAGAGGUUAUAUGGAGUAAUAGGAGGAGUUAUAGAGAGAGGUUAUAUGGAGUAAAAGGAGGAGUUAUAGAGAGGUUAUAUGGAGUAAUAGGAGGAGUUAUAGAGAGAGGUUAUAUGGAGUAAAAGGAGGAGUUAUAGAGAGGUUAUAUGGAGUAAUAGGAGGAGUUAUAGAGAGAGGUUAUAUGGAGUAAUAGGAGGAGUUAUAGAGAGAGGUUAUAUGGAGCAAUAGGAGGAGUUAUAGGGAGAGGUUAUAUGGAGUAAUAGGAGGAGUUAUAGGGAGAGGUUAUAUGGAGUAAUAGGAGGAGUUAUAGGGAGAGGUUAUAUGGAGUAAUAGGGGGAGUUAUAGAGAGAGGUUAUAUGGAGUAAUAGGAGGAGUUAUAGAGAGAGGUUAUAUGGAGUAAUAGGAGGUGUUUAGGGAGAGGUUAUAUGGAGUAAUAGGAGGAGUUAUAGAGAGAGGUUAUAUGGAGUAAUAGGAGGAGUUAUAGAGAGAGGUUAUAUGGAGUAAUAGGAGGAGUUAUAGAGAGAGGUUCUAUGGAGUAAUAGGAGGAGUUAUACAGAGAGGUUAUAUGGAGUAAUAGGAGGAGUUAUAGAGAGAGGUUAUAUGGAGUAAUAGGAGGUGUUUAGGGAGAGGUUAUAUGGAGUAAUAGGAGGAGUUAUAGAGAGACGUUAUAUGGAGUAAUAGGAGGAGUUAAAAGUAGAGGUUAUAUGGAGUAAUAUGAGGAGUUAUAGGGAGAGGUUCUAUGGAGUAAUAGGAUGAGUUAUAGAGAGAGGAUAUAUGGAGUAAUAGGAGGAGUUAUAGAGAGAGGUUAUAUGUAGUACUUUGAGGAGUUAAAGAGAGAGGUUAUGUGGAGUAAUUGGAGGAGUUAUAGGGAGAGGUUAUAGGGAGUAAUAGAAGGAAUUAUAGGUAGCUUAUAUGGAGUUAUAGUGAGCGGUUAUAUGGAGUAAUAGGAGGAGUUAUAGGGAGAGGUUAUACAGAGUUAUAGGGUGAGAUUACAGGCCAGAAGGUCAUGCCCAAUGUUAAACUAGCAAAGGCACUGCACAAAUCCUGCAUGCUGCCUGUUGUAAUCUGUAGAACAAUGGUGUUAGACUGCGUACAAUAACACAUGUAGACAAGUGGCCGGGGGGCAGUAGUCCCCCUUGCCAGCCUGCCCCUUUAAUAAAUUCUGUUGAGCAAUGAGAUAAUCUACAAUGGUGGAAUAAUAGAAAUUAGAGGAAUUACACAAUACUGCUACACAGAGCCAUAGCAACAUUAGUGACAUAAAUAAACAUUAUAUAUCGUCAUCCUUCCUAAUCUAUUUGAAACACAAUAACUGUUCUACUCACUAAACAAGGAGUUAUAGUGCAUUGUUUUCUAUACAUCACAAUUCUCUACAGUGCAUAGACCCCAUAAUGUGAAAGUUCUCAUACCCAUAAAUGGACACUCUGGACCACUAAGGCGUUUUAGUUUGCUGAAAUGUUUUCUGAGUGUGUGUCCAUUUAAAAAAAAAUCAUUUUACAAAAAGUGCAGAUUUCAAUAUAAAUUGGCACUUUUCUAAAUCAACUGGUCCCGUUACUUGGUUUGCUUAGCUCAGUGGAGCUAAACUCCAGAGGCAGCAAUUGCCCAGAGCACCUGCCGUGGAAAGACUUCUCACUGAGCUGCAGUGGGAAGUCUGUGAUUGGACAGCCACAGAAAGUUUGGCACAAGAGAACUGUACCCCCAAUGAUAAAUAGCGUAAUUAAAUGGAUGCAUGUUUUGUAGUGUCCCUUUAAGACCAUUUUCAUUUUCUACUUGUGUUUUUUCUUGCACAGGUUUGUUUUAUUAUGCUGGUCAUGGAUAUGAACGCUCUGGAAGAAAUUACAUGGUGCCAGUCGACGCACCUCAACCCUACAGACCUGAGAAUUGCAUCAGUGUUCAGAAGAUUCUGCAGCAGAUGCAGGACAGGAAGACCGCGCUGAAUGUGGUCCUUUUAGAUACUUGUAGGAAAUGGUAUGUUGUGCUCUUAUUUUAGACAUUGGUUGCUCAAACACUUCUAGGUUUUGUAUGGAUACUGUAGAUGUAGGUCAUGGGAAUGAUGGUCUACAAAAAGAGAUGUAGUUCACCAUGAGAUGCAGAAUGAGGGGCCAUCAAUGUAGAUUUUAUAAAAGAUGGAGAAUGAAGGCCUACCAGUGGGAAUACAGUUUAUUCAGGAAAGGAGUCGUUGGGCUACCAGUUGAGAUGUUUAAUAAAGAUUUUCAUUAUGAGAUGGACACCAAAACUUAAUAAUCCAUAAGGUUCACUGCUUAUCUUAGUUACAAUAAAAAUCUCAAAUAUUAAAUUGGACAUCAAUACAAAAAGACUGGUUGGUGACCACGUGACACAAACAUACAAUCAAACAAAAAUAUAAACCUAAGCCUAAUCAAACCGAGGAUAAAUUGAUUAUAGCCAUGCUAUGUUGCUAGGUACAAGGAGUAUAUCGGAAAUUUUACGUUAACCUUUGUUUCUUGAUGUGGGAGCAUGUAUUGUAAUUUGUAUCUAAAAGAUAAGUAGUGUCACACACUAACCCACCUGGAACCCUGUGACAGCAGAUGGUAGUAGGUAGAUCUUCCUUGUUACGUAAUGUAUGGAACCAUUGUCCUUCACUAUUUGAUAUGAGGGGUUUUAUCACUUGCAGAGCGUUGAUGGGGAGGAGGGGGGGUACAAACUGUACAAGCAUUGACAAUUUGCCAUUUAUAUUCUCUCUAUCCUGUCCAGAGACUUAAUAAAUUGGGAAAACUGGACCUUGGUUCAAUCAGCAUUAACAGACUAAUUAAGAAAUCUGUCACACAUAGGUUAUGAAACUUGGGAGUUUGUUAGUAUAUACAUUUAGGUCAUAUGGCUUCAGAUUUGCCUGAUACACUAGAGAAAUCCCAGUGAAGUCUGAUAUUUUCUUUCUCUAAUAAACUGGUCUAUGUAUUUUUUUUUAGGUACAACUCUGACUGUGCUCUGUCUAAAGUCACGCCUCAGAAGCCAUUGGGCAACACAGUCUAUGGAUAUGCCACGUAAGUCCUGCAACAUAUCAGCUGGUGGUGGGUUGAUCUACUAAUCAUGGCCAAAUGAUAGAAAUAUAUCAAUAAUAUAGUUUCAUAAAUUUGGUAAUUACCAUAAUCCAUAGCAUGAAGGACUUUCUCUCUGAGUUAAUGUUAAUCUUAGUGAAAUGAGAUCUGAAAUCAGUCUGAUGUUGAGUAUUUUUGGGCAGUUUAUUUUCACUGAUUCUAAUUCACCCUGAACCUAUGUUUAAUGGUUUGAAUUCCAGCUCUGAUCUCCUGUAUUGGAUUUUUCCCUACAUUCAGAAAGUCCAAAGUUCCACAAUUAUGUUAGGAGAGUGUCUGAAGGGAUUUUAAGGUCAAGGGAAGUAUUGCAAAUGUUUGGAAUACUUUAUAAUCUACUAUUUAGGACUUAAAUAUUUUUUGAUACUUGUCUACACAAGUUAUUUACAUAUAUAUAUUUAUAUAUUUAUUACUUAAACACAUUGCUCUGGAUUUUAUUGUCAUGAAACUGUGAUUCACUAAUAUACAUCAAGUAAUCUGAGUACUCGUGAAAGAGAAGGCGAUGAGAAACAUGAGUGACAAAGAGAUUGUUCCUUCCUGGGAGGUACAUAAUUGAUCGAUUUAAAUGUUCUACAAAUAAAAGUCAAGCUUUGUAAAUUUCGAAAAGAAUAGUUUGGCCUUUGUGUAUAAUCUGAGACAUAUCUUCUUCUGCUCAGGAGUGAGAAUGCAGAAGCCUAUGAGGUUCAGGAUGGUGACUUCAGCUCUGGAAUCUUCAUGACUUAUCUGAAGAAGCAUAUAAUGGACGAUAAGAAGGUGACCCACAUGCUGGAAGCCGUUCUAGAAGGUAGUUAGUGUGGCAUAAAGGGUGCAAUUCACUGAAUCACAUAAUACAGGGCUCAACAAAUCCCAAGCGCCUAGGAAUUUGGUCUUGGUGUCUGGGAUAUGUGAUCCCGGCGGGCGGGAGGCCAGCUGAGGAAUUAGAGAGUCGGGCGGCAAGUUAGGUGCUCGUGGAGGCGGGUGGCUAGCUGCGCAAAUUGCUGCCGGGCGGUGAGGGAGCUGUGAUGUCUCUGCUUCCCCACCCUCGCACUCCACUUAGUGAGACAGGGACCGGAAUAUCUUAGAGCCCUGUGCUCUGUCUACCAUGUCUGGCUAAAGCUGAGCCACAACAGGAGGCAUGCUUUUAGCACCAGGAUAUCCCAGUUUUCUUAUAAACUCAAACAGUUUUACAGUUACAGGGUUAUUCACUAAAGUCCAAAUGUUGGACUGCAAAAUCUGGACAUUGUUGAUGGAGUUCACAACGGUUUGUGUAAAUCAUGCCCCAAAGGGUUGGACGCCCUAAUUAAUUUUAAAAUAGGGGGUGGAUAUGCCAUUGUCCCUCCCCCAAAUAGUAGCAUGCCGAUCCAGCCAGGUUGCGAGGGGUCCCCUAGCCAACUCCCUAAAAUAAUUUAAAGGUCUUACUUACCCCCCUUACCUUAAUAAUACUGAGGAUAGGGCCAAUAAAUCUAAAACCUUGUAAAAAAAAUAUAUACUUUCCAUCAGAUGUCUUGUCUCUUCUACUUUUGAGGAAAGCCCUUAUAUAGGCUUUCCCAUGCUAUAACCGCUAUCGCAAAGUAUGGGAAGAUUUCCCCCGCUUUGUAAUAUGACCAAGAGCACUCUGAUUGGUUGGCUAAUAACCCAACUAAUCAGAGCGCUCUGACAGCCAAGUCUCAAGAGAAGUGAGACUAACAAAGGAAUUUUACAGAAUCCAUCAGACCGACCUAUUUCUGACUGCAUUGGCAAUUCGCAGAUUUACAAAAGCCAAGUAUGGUCAGGAUUCAGUUGGGAUUUGUCCAUUCAACAAAAUCCAGCAUUUGGUGAAUAACCCUGUUACUGUGACGGUUGUCCCCAGAGACACUUGGUCUAUAUCCUCUACAAUGAGCUGUACUGAGUACGGUGCUUUGAAAGUCCCUUUAAUAUGUACAGCUGAUAUUGGUAUUACAUAAGGAAAGUUUUAUGUUUUCUUGGCAUUGAGCUGAGGACUGUGUAUUGUGAUCACUUGGCUCAAGCUCAGACUGGGACAAUGCCAGGAUUUGACUUGUUUUUCUUAUCUAGCCUCCCAUACCUUGGGUGCUUUUCAAGGCACUUGUGAUUUCACAAGGUCAGCAAUGAAGAUAAUAAGGCAAAGAAUUGGUUGCCAGGAAGUGGGAAAAGUCUGUUGUUGUUUUUUUAACUUGGCAUGACAAUUGUAUUAGUGGUGUUUAAUUUGCUGCAGGACAUGUAUACAGUUCAGGUAAAGAUCACUGAAUAAAGGUCGUAUAGGAAUAAAAUAGGUAGAUAUGGCAACUGGGACACCCAUUUUUAAAUUGAAUACACACGUAAAGUGAACUAUACGUGGUCUGAUUUUACAGUUAACCUGUUUUCUGAUCCUUUUACAGACAUUGGGGAUGAUCCCUUGGUAAAAGGAAAGCAAGUGAUGGAAAUAAGACACACCUUGAAAGAGAGUCGUUCUUUGACUGACAAGGUCUGCCCCUCGAGAAACAUGCGUCUGAACAGUAUGGAAUGGGAGCAGCACAGAAGUAAGGGCAUAGUGGUCUCUAGUGUCCAAAGGCAGAACUGCAGUUUCCACCAGCACUUGUUUUCCAGUCUUUCUUUAUAUUUCUGACGUCCUGUAUGUAUACACAAAGGUUGUGAAAUAGUGUCUCUCAUGUUAGUAAUUUCCAGAAUUUACAUUUUUCCUUCUAGAACCCCCUUCUUAAAUGUUCUUCUAUGCUACUAUAGUUAAAACUCCUCUUCUUUCUCCUGUUUGCCGUAUAUUUGCAGAUCGUCUUUCAAAAUCUGUAAAAUCCACCAAGUGUUUGUCCUGUGUUACGUUUAGUUAUGGCAAUGACAUAUCGAUUCCAUACUGACCUAUGUCUUAUAUAUGCAUUCUGCUUUUGAGUCAACUGAGAGAAUUCAGCAUUAGAAAACUAGUUUGUCAUUCACUGAUUUUAAAUAUAUAAUAAUUUUUAUUUUUGCUUGUUUUCCAGACUUACCCAGACAGAAGGUAAAGUUCUCAUGUGGUGUCGAGGCAGAACUGAGGUUCCAGCCUGUCUUCUCAAACCUCAUCCAUGCUUUUGCAAAACUGACAUACACUCCUGCUCACUUGAAAGACAUGAGAGUCCAUCUCUACAACCCUGUAAGUUGUUAUGGCAUUUGGCCUACCCGUACUCACACAUAAACAAUGUUUGUGGAUGCUAAAUACAGGGUUAUUUACUGACGUCAAAAAUUAAAGGGACACUAUAGUCACCCAGACCACUUCAGCUCAAUGAAGUGGUCUGGGUGCAAUGUCCCUCAGGUUUUAACCCUUCGGAUGCAAACAUAGCAGUUUCAGAGAAACUGCCAUGUUUACAUUUGGGGUUAAGCCAGCUUCUAGUGGCUGUCUUCCGGACAGCCACUAGAGGCGGAUCUGCAACCCUGGAGGCAUAUUAUGCCUCCAUCGCGCAGAGCGUCCAUAGGAAAGCAUUAAAAAAUGCUUUCCUAUUGACAGCUUAAAUGCGCUCACGGCACCUGCCACGCAUGCGCAUUCAGCUCCGCUGACAUCGGCAGAGGGAGCUGACGUCAGCGGGGUAGGAGAGGUCACCGGGCCGAGGGAGCCCGGCGCUGGAACAAGGUAAGCUGCUGAAGGGGAGUGCCAGACGCCAUCACACCUGACGAACUACCUCACUACAUGAGGCGCCUUGUUGCUGCCGUCAUGCCACCAACGCAUGCCAAAACAUUUAACAUGGGAUAUACCGCCUACCAUCCUCAGGCAGAGCAGCCCCAAACAUGGUCCGUGAUGUAAUUGUCCGCUGCGCCACCUCCCAAGACAAAAGAAGCCUGAUGACGGCACUCCGGGGCAAGACGCCUUUAACAUUUGAAGGCGCACAACUCACCGUUUAUCAAGACCUCACCAGAUCCACGCUACAAUGGCGAAGAUCGCUGAACCCGUUCACCAGCGCCCUCAGAGAAGCAGGAUUAGAGUAUCACUGGAGAUCUCCCAGGUUCCUUGUGGUCACGCACAAAGAACUGUUCAUAAACUCUCCACACUAGCGAAGUUCCCGGCAUUCUGGAGGGCACUGGGCCUCCCCACACCCACGCAAGGAUACCACCCAAAGACCCACGUCUGAUACCUGACUCCCCCGAGAGCCGAAUAGGCAACAAUAACCGUGACAUACACUGUCCACCCCCAGACGAGAUGCCCCUAACUAGAUAACCCCUUCAGUCACUUACUUACCUCAAUCCAGAACCGAUGUCCUUGCUUUAUGCUAAAUGCUUUAGACUUGAGAAAGAGAGGUUCGCCCGAAAGCUUGUCAUUAAAAAAUUUUAGUGUUCUAUAUAAAGAACAGAUUACUAUGGUGAACAGAACAGAAUCGCUCUUUACAUUUCUUACUAUAUUAUAAUAAAUACUGUUUAAUGCCUUGGUGUCUCUCAACUCCAGCUCAUCAUAAUUUUAAUUAUCUUCAGAUUGUUCUCAAGAAGCAGUUUGUAAGGUGUAAAAAUCUAAUACGUUCUACCAGUCUCAAAUUUUAAUUAGGAUACCUUUACACCCAAGAAAAGCCUAAUCCUGAAAAUGUGACCAUGAUUAUUGCAGUAUACGUUUUAGAGCUUUGUUUUCACUUAACUUGGUAUAAAGUGUGAGAUAUAUUAGUGCAAUCAUUUGAGUCUUCUAACAUUAUAAGAUCGGCAAUACCUAAAAAGAAAUAGCUUAAUUAUGAAAUAGCACAGUAACACAAAUUAAAUAAGCUUUUUUUGAUUACCUGUAAUGUAUUUUUACUGCUGCAAAAUGCUACAUUUCUUUUAGAGAGGAUGAUGGAACCCAGAGCUCAAAACUAACUGUCCCAUUUGAAGAUUGUAUUUGUCUGAAAGCACCAGGUAGAAUAUACGUGGAAUUCAAACCGUGGCCGGUGACUAGUAACUAAAUAAAUGGGAAUAAACCAACGGCAGCUUCUAUCUGUCGUAAAAUGUAUUUCCUGAGAUAGUUUAUCAUUUUGAGAUUCUAUAAAUGUUCUCAUUUAUAUAAACUGAAAUUAAAUGGAUGUGUCCUUUGUCAAAGUAGUCUUCACCUUUGAUCUUUAAUUCUUUUAGGACAUGGCAGAACACUCAUUAACAAAUUGCACUAAACUUGACCGUGAUGAUUCUAUAUUGGCUUUUGGAAGUGAUGGUGAAAAAGCAGAUAGCAUGCUCAGGCUUAGUGGCCUACAGAAACUUCAGGUAUUGUAUAAUAUUCCUAACCAAGAACAUGUCCUGAGAAUGGAUAUAAGCUUAAAGGGACAGUAAAGCCACAAAAACAAGUUUAGCUUAACAAAGUUUUGGUGUAUAGAUCAAUUCUCUGCCAUUUAGGAGUUAAGUCACUCUGUUUAUGCAGCCCUCGUCACACCUCCCUGCAUGUGACUUACACAGUCUUCCUAAACACUUCCUGUAAAGAGUCAUUUAAUGUUUGGACUUCCUUUAUUGCAGUCUGUUUAACUUAGAAUGUAUAAUCUCUGCUCUGUUAAUAACUUCCUUCACCUUACAGGAGCAUCCUGUGUGAUUAGAGUUCAAAUUACAGAGCAGGAUAUACAAUUUCUAAAGUAAGUUCACAUCUGAUUGAAAAAUAAAAAAAUUCAUGCAGACUGUCAGUCACAGCCGAGAAGGUGUGGCCAGAGACAAAAUGGCAGUGAAUUGAGCAGUGAGACUGCAGGUACAUGAUCUAUACACCAAAACUGAUUCAUUAAGCUAAAGUUGUUUUGGUUACUAUCGUGUCUCUUUAAUAAAAAGGAUAAACACUAAAUAGACUGCUCCAUGGAUAGUUCCCACUAAGGGUGUCUCACAUACAAUAUAGCUCAUUUAUUCCUCUGCAUGAGACAUACAUCACUGACAAUUGUGUUACCCUGGUUUGAAGCCUCUUGAGUACAAACUUAGUAUAGGACAAGCCGUUAACCUUUUACCCUGUUCGCGGUGUUGGGGAAUAUCGCUUUCACUUCUGUUUUUAUGUUAAAGAGGAACUGUGACUUCUCUGGAAAUGACACCGUUGACUAGAACAUUGAAAAUCACCAUUUUUUUUAAAUGCAAUGCUUUUAUUUUCUUUUAAGUUUUGUUAUGGAUUUAGUAAAUUAUAACACCAUACACUUCAGUCCAGGCGCAGCCAGGGCAAACUUUGCAAAUGAGGAGAAGUUGAAACACGGAGGUAGUUUUAUCAAAGUGUUCUGAUCUAAAAAGUAGUUUUUAGCACUUUUAGUACUUUAGACCAGAUUUUAAAACAGAACACUUUGAUAAAUAACCCCCGAUCUUUCAUUUCUCCUCCCAUGUGAUUUAUUUGCUUUGACUGCCAGGUGCAAAAGACAGAGCUUAUACCAUUGGUUGACAGGGAGCUGUGGUAGGGACACCCAGUUGCAAGAUAAAGUCGAAUUCCAGAUUCAGUAUUGUUUUGCACACUCACAAAUCAACAUUUGUUGCAUAAAAUGAAUACGGAAAGAUAAUACUAAACAUUCUAGCAAGUGACCGUUCCUCUUUAAAGGACACUACAAUUAUACUCUGGGCAUCAGCACAACUUAUCUGCAUAUGACAGUUGAAAGCUGAAAGCAAGAGAUUAGUAUAGGGCAGGGGUAGACAACCUUCUGCACUCCAGAUGUUUUAGACUACAUCACCUUUACUGCUCUUACAGCCAUAAUGCUAGCAAAGCAUCAGGGGAGGUGUAUUCCACAGCACCUGGAGUGUCGAAGGUUGCCUACCCCUGGUAUAGGGUUUGUGUAUUCUUAUAAAUGUGUCCUGUGAGUUUUCCUCCAGCACCACUUUCACCAAACACUUGGUAGGAAUGGCUGUUUUAGUUUUUGUAAUUAGGCUUUAGAUUCUGUAAUUAGGCUCAUCAUACUAGUCCGCAUCAGACGCAAUGGGCUCUUAACCCAGCCCUGGACGUUUGUCUGUGCAUGUUCUUAGCUCAGCCAAUGAGAGAUCUGUGUGCGCUGGGCUGCUGACUUCACUCUACCUCACAGCCAAUCACUGUCCUCCUAUUAUUGUUCUCAUUUCCCCUUUUUGACUGAUAUAUGGGGUGAUACCACACUGUAAAAAGCUACAUGUCUUUUUAUUUAAGAGAUAUGAAUAGGGCGAACAAUAUAGCAUGAAUAUGAGGCCAAAACCUAUCAAAUUCACUUAUGUUAUGUUGGUGACCAGAUUGUUUCUUUAAUAAUGCUAUACAUACCUGUUCCACUCUCCAAUAUUUAGUAGUCUGUUUAAAGGGACACUCCACUGACCAAAUACAAAGUAAAUAAAAAUUAUUAUACAUAUACCCCAAAUUAAAACGUAAUUAUGCAUUUUUUCAUUCAAGUUAUAUCUAUAAACAGCUUGCAAAAACUGCAAAUCUCUUGUCUGCUGCCUUUACAAGUCCUCCCCUUUCAUACCCCAUCCAGAUUUUCUGUGGUUGUCCAAUCCACAGACUUCCCAGUACAGCUUAAAGGAACACUAGGGCUAUAGAGCCCUAGUCACCGCUUAGGUGACCAAGGCCCCGUUGCGCGGUGAAUAAAUGGUUAAUUAACAAUUCAUUUGCUUACCUUAAACCAGCGCCGGGCUCCCUUGGCACUGGUGACCUCUCCUCCUCCAUAGACGUCAGCUUCCGAGUGGAGCCGAAUGCGCAUGCGCGGCCAGAGACUUGCGUGCAUUCAAACCCACCCAUAUGAAAGCAUUACUCAAUGUUUUCCUAUGGGUAUCUUUUUUGACGUUGGAGGUCCGUGUAAAUCGUGGAAGCACCUCUAGUGGCUGUCAGGGAGAGAGCCACUAGAGGCUGGAUUAACCCUAGUGUAAACAUAGCAGUUUCUCUGAACUCUGAAUACUAGGGGGACCUGGCACCCAGACCACUUCAUUGAGCUGAAGUGGUCUGGGUGCCUAUAGUGGUCCUUUAAUGAGAAUUCUUUGCAAGGCAGGUGCUCUGUGCAAUUGCUGCCUUUUGAGUUCAGUGCAGGAAGUAACAGGACCUGUUUUCUGCUUGAAAAGCCAGGGGGCGUAACCAGGUUAAUUUAUAAAAGUGUCCUUUUCUAUUGAAAUCUGUACUUUUUCCAAAAUGACAAAGAGGACACACAUAAAUGUCUCUCUGCUUUAGGGUCUGGAGUGUCCUUUUAACAAUCCUUCUAGUAUGUCCUCUAUUAACAAAAUGUUUUCUGACCAUGAAGUACAUAACACCUAAUCCUAUUUUUCUUGUUUGAGCAGAACGAUGUUAUCAUUAAGAUUGACCUACAUUAUACAAAUCUGACCUCUGGGAUGCAUGCACAGGACACUUUGGACCAUAGGAUUCCCACGACAUGGGUAGCAAGAUUUUGUAACAAGGAUACAGCUUUUAUGAACAAUGACCAUGAACUUGGAACCACAAACGGUUGCUGCCUACCUAGAACCCAAUGCUCACCCACUACGAACUGCAGCGAUAAUAAAUUAGGAGCUAAUCACCCAGGGAAUGCGAGUGGAAUGCCCAUCAGCGUGCAGUCUAAAUCAAGCAGCGAGCCAGAGGAAAACGAUGAGAGACAUUUUUCCUAGGUCAUGAGGUGGUCUACCAUCAGAAUCUGAGGCUCAAGGAGACCAGUCUGCUUCUUUAACACAAGCAGUAUUACAAUCGGAUAUUCAGCGUCUUCCAAAGCCUACACAUGCCUUACAAUGGAUAGUGUUAUUGAAACUGAAUCAUCAGUAUUCUAACACAUGUAUCUCGCAUGUUACACUGACUUCAAGGAAUGUCUUCACCCUUCAUUUUCUACCUUUCAAUGUAUUUAUUUGUACAUAGAAAUUGGAGUUGGAUUUUUGAAAAUGAAUCUGCAAGCUGAAUCAAAACAAUCUACUUUAAUAUAUCCAUUGACCAGGACAAAUUUACAUAGAACGUGAGGAGUUGCCCAUUUAAUUCCAAUGUCAACACUUGUGUAGAAUGUAUAUGUUGCAACAAAAGUAACCCCAUAGUGUAAGGUUGUCCAUUUAGAUCUAGCUUGGUACAAAUUCAGUAGAUGUAGCAUUGGUUUGAUGCUCAGACUACUUAGAAUGGUGUGCCUUAAUGCCAACUGGACAUUCUGUUUUGUUCUACAGGCCUGUCAUGGGAUAGUAUAAGUGGGUUUGAAUUAAAGUUGCCUUUUUUCUAUGGUUCCAGUUACUCACUAAUAUAAAGAUGUGUAUAUGCAUCCAAUGUAUAGUUUUGAAGAGGAAAGUCUAGCUGUGUUUAGGUUUAUCUCAAGUCCACAUUUGAACCAGGAGCUAUUUUUCUCUGUGCGUCCAAUAGUUAUUACAUUUCUCCUCAAUCAUUUCUCCAUCAACCUAUAUAGAGAACAGCCAUUAUAGCAGGAAUAUUGAUUAAUCAUAGCUAGCAAAAGACUUUUCUUCAACAAAUGUUUUGACUAAAAUGGGAAUAGGUGGGGAAUCUCCAACUCCAACAAAUGUAGACUUCUUUUCUAGCAUGGAGAAGCCUGCAUUUUCUAAGCUGACCAUAUCUUGCUGUUUACCGAACAGUGGAUUUAGACUAGGGAUGGCCAAAGGUUAGAUCCCCAAAUGGUGCUUUAGCUUUUAUGGCAGACUAAGCAAUCUAUUUUGAUGAGGAGUAACAAGCUUUGGCAGGCAGCUGAAUAUCAUUAUUAACCGGAAGAACCUGCCGACUGUGCCUUCCAUUCUUUCUUUUCGAUGGACUGAAUGGUUAUCAACAGUUUGGUCAUCUGGUUUUCCAGAUAAAAAAGGCAGAAUAAAGGAUGAAUGAUGUCUAAAACGCACAUAAUACUCACGCAUAGUUCUCAAUUUACCGUUUUUUUGUUAUUUUAAUUUAUUUUGUAAGUGUGUGGAUGUAGGAGAGGGUGCUUGUAUAUAUUACGGUAAAUGUUAUGUUUGUAGUUCGUAACUAUGCAGUGCAUGGAUUGUACAGAAAGCUAGCGUGGUGCAAUGCACCUUAAAGUUUUGGCAAUUGUCUUUUAAGAGAAGAUUAUUUUUAACAAUCCAUAAAUUCUUAAAACAAACCUUUGUCGCUUUUUGUCAUAGAAUGUACAGAUAAUGAAUAGGCCAGACUAUUGCUUGGUGCUGACGUAGAAUCGCCUGUUUCUGUCUAUGCAAUUAAGGACAUUUGUAACUUUCAAUUCUCUCAUUUACAGUGCUCCUUUAUGAUGUAUUAACUCACUAAAUGCAGUAGAAAGCUAACUAGAAUGUGUAGAAAUUAAUUUAUUAUGCUGAAAAACACUGUUUUUAUAACUUGUUUUGUUCUUACAAUAAAUUGUCCACCAAGAUGGACCAAGACGUUUGAACUGGUAAACAACCUUUAUGUUUUCU